GUUUUGCAUGUUCCCAUCCAUCGUGCACGACGCGAAAGGGCCCCUUAUCCACCUCUCCUGUGUACAAGGAACACCUCCACUGGUGAUCAGCCUUUGCCUGUGUUUGUCUUGUGGAGAAGCAGCAGCACCUUUUUCAGGAGUGGGUUUUUUAUUCAACAAGAAGUCCUGAAGGUUUUGGAUGCGGUGCUUCAGGGAUGUGGGCACUUUGAGAGCAGCAUCACCCACAAACACAAACAACUGCCAUCGAUUUUUCUGUGAAUAGCACCAAAAAAAAAGAAAAAGAAAAAAAAAAACAAAGAGGAACAAUAGCAACACAAAAAAUCUUGUCUAUUGAACAAUUCACUUUUCCAGUCUGUGGAUACCGCUCUAACUAAGUACAGCACUUUGAGAAUUGUUCACAUCGGACGGACUGAAGAGGGAGGCAAGACCUGUGGACCGGGUUUUCCCUCGCAAGUCUGAAUCGGCUCGCGCUACUUAUCCCGAGAAGAAAAAACAGAAAGCUACAACCCUAAAGGAUAACACGCUUUUGGACGUUUUAUUUCCCCUAAUUUCGCAGGAGGCUCCUUUUUUCCACGCAAAUUGUCCUAAAUGUUUGGGAUUCAGGAAACUAUACCGCGGGGUGGGACGACGAUGAAGGAGGAACCGCUGGGUGGACUGAACUCGGUCCGCUCCUGGAUGCACACAGCUGGGGUGGUGGAUGCAAACACAGCCGCCCAAAGGUACGCAUGCCAAAAGCAUCUGAUUUUUCUCACGCAUUCCCUCCUCAUCAUAUCGACCCCUCAAUCCCCUGAAUACUCUGUAUCAAUUACGGUCUCCCAAUAAAUGCCCCCCCUUCGGCUUUCCCCUUCUUUCAUUACAUCAGAUUAGCCAUUAUUGUGACAAAUCAAGAAAUCUCCCCCGUAGACUCCAAAGCGUGCGUCUGCAUCUCCAAUGUUUCCACCAGCUUCUCCAUCAUCUAGCAUCCCCGGUGUCCGGUGCUUAACCGACAUGGUCUCUUGUUUUCUCCCCGCAGCGGUGUCGGCUUGGCACGGGCACAUUAUGAAAAGCAGCCCCCUUCCAACCUCAGAAAAUCCAAUUUUUUCCAUUUCGUCCUGGCGCUGUAUGACAGACAGGGUCAGCCGGUGGAGAUCGAAAGGACAGCUUUUGUGGACUUUGUGGAGAAAGAAAAAGUAAGCGGUGUAUUUUUUUGUUCUAUGGGAAAAAAACACACUCACUAUAGCUCUCCUUGCACAUAAUCAGCACAUGUCUCGAAAUUAUACUCUGGGUUGUCACGUGUAAUAUUGAUUUUUUAAACACUAAAUAGUUGGAUGACAGAGAGUGGGUUUUAAAGGUGUUUCUCCUCUUUUGCACAUGAUUUUUCAGUGAUACUGUCUUGAUGCUGAUUUUCACAAAACUGUGUUCUCCUACAGGAACCAACCAGUGAAAAAACUAACAAUGGGAUACAUUACAAACUACAGUUAUUGUACAGCAAUGGUGAGUUCAAGUGUCACUCGUGUUCUGCUGACACGUGCAGAACAUCAUGUUGAAAAAUAAUAAUAAAAGCAGCAAUAGUUGAAGCAAAUCGAAUACUUUUUAUUUAAUCGAUUAAUGUCAGCACACUUUAUGUUUUAUGUUGCAUGCAGUACUUUUAUUUUGAAAAGCUUUCUUUAUUUUCUGCAUCGCCUCAAAAAUUGCCCCCCAAAAAUCUCAGCUGCUUUUUCUUCUUCUUCUCCUUCUUCUCUCCUCAUGCAGGGGUCAGAACAGAACAGGAUCUUUACAUACGGUUAAUCGAUUCCAUGACGAAGCAGGUAAGCUGCUGUUCCACUUGUUUUUAGGCACACAUGUAUGGUUCACCACCAGCGCGCACAAAAAUAUACAAAAAAAUCCUAACAAUAAACCUUGACAAGGCGUGCAAAUUUUCACCCCCUGAAAAAAAAACUGCUUGCAAAUGCAGUUGUGCCACAAAAUAAAAUCAAAUUACCGGCGUAACACGAAGAGGCAGCUUCCAUUUUGGCUGUUUACGUUUGCUCAUAUCAUAUUGCACGACUCUAAAGUCAAUUUCACUGUGCCAGAGUUCGGCUUUCUUUGCAGGCUCAACAUUAAAAUUUAAACACCAUGUCUGCUCCAUAUGAUCUGAUAUGACUCUCCCCCGUAAAGACUCAAAAGUGACGCUAAAAAUUUGCUUUAGGUAUUAUUUUUUUAUGAUAUAAAUAUUAUUUUAUUCAUAUAUAGGUGCAGUCACAAAUAUCUACAUGUGUGGCUUUUCACCAAACGCACAAAAUGCGUCUUAAUGCGCAUUGUGUGCCAACGCAGAGAUUUGUAGGAGUAUUUAUAAUUCUAGGGGUAAAAUCAGGUAUCUUUAUUUUAACUCUGCAGCUGAUGUUUUGUUAUUAAAAGUGUGUUUUUUGUAGUCGGAUCUUGUUGUGAAUAGAGCCGUGAAGCCUGUGCCACUGGUCUCAGACAACAUUCCUGUGCGAAUGAUCCGAGUCAAUGACGCAGAACAAGCAAUUUAUGGAUUUCUGUUUCUACAGCUGCAAACAGCGACAUAAAUCAAACCAAUAGAGAUAAUCGUCUGCUUCCAGAACAAAAAAGGGGAACAAAAAAAAAAAAAAACAGCAAGUCAAGUAGGACAGAUUUAAAAAGAGAAGAAAAAAGCGAGGAAAUGAUGCGACCUGGUUCAGAUAUGUCACAUUUUUUAUUAACCUCAAAUGCACCAUGGAGAAAAAAAAUCUUAAAAUUAUUAAUUGUAUGGAAUUAAAUAAUAGAGGAAAAACACUCUCAAAUUUUCAUCCUAUUUUUGCCUCAUUUUAAAGGAUUUACUCUAUAAUGUUUUGUUUAUUUGCCUCCGUUUCCACAUGGUGCCGGUUUACUAUACGAGGGAGUGAAGUGUCUAUCCUUAGAAGAAGGAAGGAGGGAGGGAUCGAGGGAUCGAGGGAGGGAGAGAAGAGCGGCAGAACUGAUAGCUCCACGCCAUCUGUUUCAGCCAAUGCUCAAAAAUUACUCAACCGUACCGCCAGACACCGCUUUUUAUCCACAGAAAGAUCAUUGUUAGCGGCUCAAAAUAAACAACAGAUUGCCCAUUAACACUUUCCCCCAAAUAUCCCCAGAUUAUAAGCAUAUUGAUGACACUUCUAUUGGAUCUCUCCUUAUGAAAACCUCUCUGUGUGUCUCUCUCUUUCUCUGUCUGCCUGUCUCUCUGAGCCACAGGAUAUUAUCCAGAUUAAUAAAAAAAUACAAUUUAUAAUUAUUCCUCUCAUAAUCAAAACCAAUCUUUUUGAGAUUUCUUUUUUUCUCCUCUUAGAAUUUCUGCCCCUGGAAAAAUAUGUUGGUGUAAUUUUCAUGAUCACUUAGAUUUUUUAUUUUUUAUUUCCUUAUUUAGCUGGACACCACUUGAUGUUUUUAUUAAUUAAUACAAUUUAAAACACAGUAAUUAUCUGAUCCAUAUUUAUAGCUGAGCUUUUGCACUUGUGUAAAAUAUCUCCUUGUCCUGAAAUCAUGUGUAUGCAUGCCCUGUUUCAUUUUAUUAUGUGCAAACACAGCAGCUAAUUAUUUGUGAAUUUAUGUGAAUUAAUAUGUGUUUAACAGUUUAACUGUGUUCUCACUCUCAUUUCCUUUCAAAGGCCAUAGUUUAUGAGGGCCAAGACAAGAAUCCAGAAAUGUGCAGAGUUCUUCUUACUCAUGAAAUAAUGUGCAGGUAAGCAGAUUUAUUUAUUUUUUUAUUUUUUAUUUUUUUUCUUCUUCUUUUUUUUGUGCUUCUGUCCAUUUUGCACAUCCAGGCAAAAACUAGAUCCCCUUUCCUCCCCACCUCCCCCUCCUCUUAGAUAAGUUUUGACACUCAUGAUGUGAUGCAGACUGUCCUGUGGUCUUUCAGCAACCACAGAGAGAGAGAGAGAGAGAGAGAGAGAGAGGGAGAGAGGGGGGGAGUGAAAGAGAGAGAGGGAGAGAGAGAGAGGGAGAGCUGCUGUCAUUUCUAACUUUGAUAUGAUGUGAUUCAACUUUGAUAGGAGUGUGAAAAUGAGAGAUAAAAUCAACUGACUGUCUUUUGCAUUCAAGUGAAAUUGACUGUAUAAUAAACAGUCAGUGACACAGUUCUGCUUCUUUAAAUAUGAUCUUUAUUUAUUUCUUAUAUUUUUAGAGUUACAUGUAAGCCUGCCAGAGACAAUGUGUUUCCUCUUUAGUUAUGCACAGACGUCGCAUGCUAUGUAUCAGUUUUUUUUUCUCUCCUCCUUUCUUUUCUCUCUCCUCGCACAGAGUCAGUUCUGGUUGAUCCCACCUGUCAACAAUGAUCAGCGAGCCUUUUAGCGUCAUUUAACCACAUAAAUCUCCAGCUCUCAUAUUGCGCUGCUAUUCAGCGGUGUCAUUGAUACUAAAAGGAAAAACGCCUUUUGUUGUUAUUGUCGAGCUCAGCAUGAGCUUUGUGAACAUUGAAUUCGGAUACUGUCGGUUAACCUCUCCUUUUGUUGCACCGCUGCAUUGUUCAAGUUGCUGCUGGAGAGCAAGUGCAAGCUUGAGAGCUGAGAAUGAUUUGUCUUUUUCCAUGCAUAAACUCAUCACUCACGCUCAAUUUAUACAAGCAUCCAUCACUUAUUUGUGACACGUUGAAUAUGCUCGUGCUCUGGAGGUAAUAUUUUUUUUAGUCAGGAGGAGUGCUGCUGAAUCAAGACUGCUUUAACAGCUACCUAUUAUCACAUAAGAAGAUAUGCAUAAUAAGAUCAGAAUUAUUAUCUUUGAUAUCUUAUUUUCUGUACUACACUCGCCUCUGAAUUAUAUUCCUCCUCUGAUAGUUAACAGCGCCUCAGCUAUAAAACACAUCUUUAUUAUUGCAGCUGAAAGUCAUGUAAAUCACCUAGAUAUUUAAAUAACGUGUGUUUGAGUGACAGCUGCACAAAAUCUUUGUUUUUCCUGCAGCACCAUAUGGCAUAAAUCAAUCCCAUUCACAUAUGUUUAUAUGUUUUCAUUUCGAAUCAAGUCUGGGAUGAUGUAUUUGUUUAUUUUUGCACUUUUGAUUCAAGUCCCAAUCAAAAGAAGUGCGAGGCAGCGAGCUAUAGGCUCAGGGAGGAGAGGGCUGAAACAUGUGCUGGAAGAUAGAUUAGUGCUUUUGAGGCCAUAAUUGAUAAAUGCCCCGCAGAAAUAUUGGUUGAGGGUGGCACCUUGCAUCUCCCUCAGAAAUAGCAGCUUGGCAAUUAGAGGUAAACAAAAGCUGAAGCUGUGAAAAGUGACUCCCCUGCCUCCUGGCCCAAUCCCCACUCCCCUCCCCUCCAACACUAAGCCAAACAACACAACAUGUUGUUUUCACCAGUUUUAUCAGCCAUCAGCAUCAAUGCAAUAGAUGGGACUGAGUGCAGGAAAUCUCACUGCUACUUUUUUCCCCUCCCUCAUUUUCAAAUCCCUACUCUAAGGUGCUUAAUAAAUAUCUGUGGUUUUGUGUGCAUUAUUUAUUUAUUUUCAUUUUAUUCUUUUAAAAAGUGUUGCCCACUCUGAAACACACUGUCUUAUGUCCUCCCCCCUCCAACAGCCGAUGCUGUGACAAGAAAAGCUGUGGAAACAGGAACGAGACACCUUCAGACCCUGUGAUCAUUGACAGGUAGGCCGUUGCACAGCUUUUCCUCUGUUUGUGAAUGACCGAGUGAGAGGAGUCUGAGUGAGCACAUGGACAUCGUAGUGAACAAAUGAGUUCCCUCCCGGUGUGCCAGACGGGCCCGGUCGCUCUGACUUGCAGCCCUCUGUGUGGGAACCCGUGGGUGAUCCUGUGUGAGUGGCUGAGGGGCGUCUUUCCCAGGUACCUGUGCACCGAGGGGCGGUCACCACCUGGAUAGGGUUUGUUCAAUCACAGGUGGCUCAAUCACUAGAGGAUCAUGCUGGGAAUACACCUAAUUAGCUUAGGCAACUUCACAUUUAUUUGGCUGGCUUCCUCCUCUUUGUUUACGACAGUGAUGCUAACAUUGUCAAUAGUUGUUUUUCAUUGACUGUUUCCUUCUCUGCGACUUAGCUGAGAGCUAGACGCCGUUAAAGUUUAGAAGGGAUAAACAUUUUAUGUGUGCUGUUUUGUUCUGCACCUUCAGGGAAAAGUUACAUCUGCCACAUUUAUAUUCCCUUCAUCACUUUCUAAAGAGGGAGAAUAAAUGGCCGUCUCUCAGACGUUGACAUUUUUCUCACACUGUGAAAGUAUAUGUCCCCGCUCAGCCCUGAAUAUGUUUAUGUGGUUGUGUGUUUUACCGUGUGUAUGUGUGUAAGGUGGAUAUAGGGGUGAGGCAGGGGGUGUAGUCUGAGCGUCGAUCUCAAUGUAACUCUCACCACGUAGUAGGGAGAGACAGCAAUGCUAAUGUUUGACUAGCCGGAAUCACUGUUUGCUUAGCGGAGAAUGCCUGGUAUCUGACAGAGGGGACAACUCUCUUAUUAGUAAUCAAAUAGGGCUGAGCAGUUGUUGCUGCCACUCCACUCCAGCGGCUUCUCAUGCAUCAGGAAGUAGGAGCUGGCUGCCCUGGGAGCCUGGAUGGAUUACCAGAGCUACUGCUGUCUGAACCCAAACUCACGCACGGAGACACACACACAUACACAGACAGACAAGGGCACAAAACACAGUCACAGAGACACCCACACACACACACACAUGCGUGCAUGCACACAGCCUGUAUCUUUAUGUUUUUGUGCUUACUGUCAGUGCAAAGUUAAGCACUCAGGGGUUCCUGCGAACAAGUGGACAUCUAAAUUUAAAAGCCAGCUUGUACGUGUGAGUAAAAGAGCGAUUGUGCGACAUUUACAUAUAACUUGAGACGUCUACUUUACCUUAUUUCCGCUUCUUUUAUGUUUGCUUUGUGUCGCUCUGCUGCCUUUUUACUGCUCAGAGUUUCGCACACCUUUGUUCUUCAAUCUGCGGGACAAAACAUGUAACAUAAGUACAAUAAGCAAAAUGAAUGCAUGGAGAAUUAAAGUCAAGAAGAGGGGUGGGAAAAAAAGAAACAGAGUAAAAAAGAAGCGGAUGGAUAUUGUAAGCUCAACCGGCUCAGGGAGGGCUCGGAUUUUCAUUGUGACGAGCCUGAAUAGGAGUAGAGUAUCCCUUUCCUUGCACAAUGAGCAGCUCUGUUGAAACACAAAAGCAUAUGUUCCUCAUUAGACCCUCCCAUUGUCUCCAUGUCGUAACUAUGAGCCCGUCAGCUCACCCUAACAGACCCACACAGGUUCCCAGUGACUGAGGGAGGCUCGCAGAGAGGGGUGCUUGUGAAGGGUUGCAGGGUUUGAGAGAGAGUUACGGACACGACCAGAGCACACUGACUGUAGGCUCGUAUACAUAAGGUUAUUUACAGCAAUUACUCCACUAUUCCCUGCUGUGCAUAUGGGCAAGCGCUUAGUUAAAGCUUCCAUGUUUUACAGCCAUUCCUGUUACAUCUGUCAUUUUCUCAUGCACAUCAUUACAGGCACCUGUGCUGCGGUCGCUGCUGGCAGAAACUGAUUAUUUCCAAUUGAGUAGAACAUAGUUGAGUGACAUAAACCUAGAGGAGAGGUUUGAUUGUUGAAUCAGGCAUGUCUCAUCUGUCUACAAUUACAGUAUAAAAAAAAAAAAAAAAAAACCCAGCUAGCACUGCCACAUUUCCUAGAGAAACAGUAGCAUGGCCGAAAACCUUAAGAAACAGAUUUGGAGUGAAUCAUUGAUGGCGUUCAUUCGCUGUAACAUUUUCCCAGAUGGUAAGAGGGGAAAGCGCACACAGCUAGCUGGCAUCUAGCAAGACAUUAACUGGCGUUCCCAUGGAUCUGGCAUAUCCAACGGAGUUUGGGAAACUUAUCAUUCCAAAUGUGUCCUAUUUUCCUGCGGUCAAGCCAGACAUCUGUUUACCCUAUUUUCUCACUGAGUUUUGAUACAGAUUUUCACUCAGAUUUUUGAAGAGGAAGGAUUCUCUUAAAAAAAAAAAAAAAGAGUUGGUUAGAUAUAGGCCCAACAGCUGUCACAAAGUUUCAGCACUGCUUGGUCUUUUAAAUAUUUCAGCACUUACAUUUGAUGCCCUUGCAUUAUUCAUACUCCUUUUUUUUGGAUGAAGAAAGGGCCUAUUUUUGUUGAAUUUGGGUAAGUUUAUGUGUGUUACGACUCAAAUUUCAAUAUCUUUUGGGAAAAUUGCUACAUAUUUUGCUCUGGGAAAAGACAAAAAAAAACCCUAUUGUCUUUUCGGCUGCGAGAGCGCACUUUUUUCCUUUAAACGGAGAGGAAUUCAAAGUCUUUUUUGUGGUUAUAUUAAAUAAAAGAGACGGUACAUUUAUCCAGGCACUAAUUGUAGCGCUGCUGCUGCUGCUGCUGCUGCUAUGACCGCAUCACUUUGCAGUUCAGUGUAAUCAUCUCUCCCCUUUAUAAAUCCAGCAGUGCUACAGAUGUCACAUUUAUAAGUUAAUGGUGCCUUAAAGUAAGUGGGGGUGUAGCUUUAUUCAGUCGGUAAUUUGAGUCUUUAGAAUUAUAGUGAUGAGGCACCCAAUAUCUGAUUAGAUGGUUUUCCCAUUUACAGUGCAUAUAGCCAAACAUAACUCAAUUUGCGAUGACUCUCCUGCUCUGCUAUCUGUCUUCACUCUCUUGCAUAUUGACUUUGUCUUCUCUUGUGUGAAAGAUUAGAUACAUUGUUCGGGCUUACACAUGGAUUUUGUAAUAAGACAGCACAUGUUGUUGAAAGAGGAGAGAAAAUGACUCAUUCUGCAUGUCAGGGUUCAAAGGUCACGCUUUACUCCGGUGCAAUUUAUGCGAGAAGAAACGAGUCGGACCGAGCGAGGGGGGAAAGUGUUAUCAAAGUGUAUUCUGCUCAGAUAUGACUUGUGAAUUUAAUGUGUGUUCAUACAGUUUAACAUCCUGUGUCAAUUUAGACUGCCAUUCACAAAGUGUCUUCUGGAGGAGACCUAAACAUGUCAGCUCCGUUUAUUCCAGCGGCCGCGGCGCUCCCUUUCACUUCCUGUCACAAAGGUCAAAGAGCGGCGACCUUUGGAGUGCAGCCCAGCCGCUGAAUAAUUCAUGACAUUGACUUGUUUUUUCCCUUAUUUUUUCCCCUUGUCUCUCUCUCUCUCUCUUUUUUUUGGUCAGCACACAUGGUUGUGCUGUGGGAGGCUUUUAUUCAUUUAGCUCAUUUAUAAAGGCCUCGCCGCACCUGUUCGUGUGUUAAUGCAAUUAAAAUUUGGCCUAAUGUAAAUUUUGCUUAGCUCUCCGUUAUGUCCCUCAUUAGUGCGCCUGUAUUUUCUAAAUGACUUUGCGUUAUCGUUCAUUUGUGGAACACCUACGAGGUCAUUUCCCAGAGUGCACUUGACUUGUUGUCAAGUUGUUUACCAGAAACAAAAGACCCGUAGUCUUAGAGCCUCACAUGUGGUUCCCUCGGCCUUCUAAGAAACAAAUCGGGAAAUUUGUGUGCUCCCAUCUGGUUUUUGCAAAACCGUGAUUACCUCCAAAAGCUGAACAAAUGCCAGUAUUUAUAAGGUCAGCCCUUUAUGUGGAAAUGUGAUGUAAAUGAGAAUCAGCGAAAGGGGACAUUAAACAAAAUUAAAUUCAUUGUCUCCUUUAAUGUCAUUUACAUUUUUGGCUAAGCCCUGGACUGUCAAAGAGGAUUUCUAAAACCAUUUUAAUUGCACAUCAGCAUUGGAAAAGAGGGGUGUGUUUUCACUAAGCGCCUGUCGUGAUAACCUGCAUAGAGGAGCCUGUUUAUGAAGCACCUAAAUGACAUGUUUUCACUGCAUCUGCAGAGGGGCAAUUAAGAUGGCACUCGGUAGGUAGUGUUAAUCUAGCACUGAGCUCCCACCAUCCAUAAUGAAAAUGAUGCAGGGGAUUGGGUCACUGUUGUUGUGAUUGAGAGUUGAUUGCUGCAGGUGUUCCUUCUGGAUUUUUUACAUUAUAGCAGCGAGCUGUGGGACCUGCUUUUUUCCAGCUUAACAGUGAGUCAUUUAAAGCUGUUAAUUUGUAUAGGAAACACUCACUUACUAUAUUUACACACGCAUGCAAACACCUGCUCACACCUUUUUUAUUUGUGGCUUAACAACACGUCCAUCUCCGCGUUUAAUUAUAUAAGGCUGCGCUCAGUGUAAUUCCUGUGACAGAUGUGAGCUUUUGACGCCCAUUGAGAAACAGGAGAGUAAUCUGGCCACUACUGCCUGAGUCGACGUGAUGUUUGAGUGAAGCCUGUCUCCUCCCGAGCCAGAGUAGGAAGAGCAGGAAGUGUUGAGAGCGAAAGCUGUACUUGGCAGCUCUCCUUUGGCUUGCACUUGCCGAAAAAUGAAACCCAGACCCCUCUCUCUGCAGCCCUCAGAGCCAGAACCUCCUUCCCCUGCGCUCCAACAUCCAGUAUUGGGUAAUACUGUUCACUAAGCAAAACAUUACCUCAAAUUAUUCUCACCCUGUUUUCUAUUCCCUCCUCCCUCAUGUCGGUUUUUAUCGCAGUUUGUAAAUGUCAAGACACGUACAAAGACGCACAGUAUAAAUGAUAUUUUCCAAAUUAUGCUCACAUGUUUGGGUUCACAUGAGUGGCGGCUGAACGUAACGCGGUGCCUGACGCUCCCGAGGGAGACCCACCUCACUAGGGUAGGAUUCCCCAGUGGCAUCAGCUAAUGGCAAGACUUGACAACAGCAGAGAAGCCGGGGGUGUUGUGUUUUACUAGCGCUGAGCAGGGGUGAUGACUUUAACAUGUGUGCAGAGAAAGACGGAGAUGUUUGUGUGCGUGUGUGUAUGUGUGUGUGUGCGUGUGUGUGUGUGUGUGUGUUUGCUGUGCUAAAGAGAGAGGUGUGCGGUACGAAAAAGAGUGGCGCGGGCCAACAGAGCGACGGAUUCGGCUCCAGCUUGACGGCAGUGAAAGACGAAACAUGGUUCCACAUGUGUUGAGAAAGAGCAGUCCAUCUGUCCAUGGAGACAACCCCUCCCCCCUCUCCACUCCCCCCUUCUUCUCUCUCUCCCUCUUUCCUUCUCUUCCUCUUCUCCUUUUCUCCCCCCCCCUCCCUCCCUCCAUCCCUCCCCCCCUCACCCCACUCUUUUACUCCCCUGGUUCACUGCUGACAGAAACAAGGCCAGAGCUGGGGUGAUGGGAUGAAUGCUGGGCCAAGAGAAACACUGGACCUUGUACACACACACACAGAGUUACACUCUCUCUCUCUCACACACACACACACACAGAAAUAAGAAAAGGUUAUCGGAUCUUUUUUUCAGUGAAUAUGCUGUUAAAGUUUACUAUCUUCAGCUGCAUUCACUGGCUUGGUUAAGUGCUACAUUAAUGUGAUUUAAAUCCAACUGUGGAGCAACGCAAGAGAUUUAUUUUGAUAUUAUGAAAGAAAACAAUCUAUUAAGAUUUAUUCACUUUUCCCCGACACACUGCUGCGAGGAGCCACCUCGGUGAAAAUCUUACAUUAUUGAAAUUAAAACCGAAGUGAAUAAAACAUGCCACUCUUUGUCAAAUAUUUAGCAGCGCUCCUUUAUAAUUAAACUUUGUAGCUGUUUUGAAGAUGUUUGGUUUCUUAAAGCAUUAAUGACGCAAGAGCUUUGUCAAACAGCUCCUGAUUCUGUGAAUCACAUUUAGGUCACUCAGGCCGCUGUUUUUUUUAGACAUUUUUUUCAUUUGAAAAAGGGUCUCCUUUCUUUCUCUUGGCAUGUUCUCGCUCCCAUUCAAUCCUUAUUAGGUUUCCCCUAAUUGUCAAACAAACUGUUGGGUCAACCUCAGUCGUAUCUGGCCGUAAAACAGCACAUUAGGCCCCGGUGAGGGAUAUAUGUGGUAUUUCAUCGGAGACGGAGUAAUGCUGGGGUUUUAUGGUUAAGUACCAGUUCACGCCCACGCCAUUUGUUUCGCAUUAGAGUGGAGGUUUUGUAAAUCAGAUCAAUAUGUUCGCUGAGAUGUGAUUCCUUGUCGGGAUCUCCCGAGUCGUUCUUUCCUCAAGUAUUUUUCUUAGGGGACUGGUUGUCGAUGCAUACUCCUCCUCCUCCUCCUCCUCCCCCCCUCCCCUCCACAUCCUUCCCCUUCUUCCCUUUACCUCUGUCAGUCCCUCCCUCCAUCCUCCACCUCAAUCUAUUUCCAUUUUCUGAAUGUAGCAAUUUGUAGUGUGACACUGGCUAGAUUAGGAUGGGAAGCAGUCUGAAGAUUUCAUCGGACAUGGUCUUGCUCCUGCUGGUGUGAGGUCACAGGACAAAGAUGGAGGGGGGGGUGGAAUUCGGGGAGAGGGUCAUCAGUUACCUCGGGGAAACGAGCUGGUCCGCUGGCUGCUCUGUUGGCCCCAGGGGUGCCUGGGAUGUAUCGGAGGAGAAGCCCCUGAGAAAGAGCCCUGAACCAGUGUCAUUUAUUAAAAGUGACAAGUUAUUUCUAACUAUAGCUCUGUUUUUAUUGUUUUACAAUGCUGUCAUUUGGAACAGUGCCCCUCUCUCUUCAGGAACCACAAACAAGUGACGAAUGAACGAUGCGACCUGCUUUUUUCCUUUUACAUACACACAUGCUGUGCUGCUAAGUUACAUUAUUAUGUGUUUUGUUGCCCGCAUUUAAAUCAAACAAAUGUGCAGGUUUAAUAAAGAUCGACUGAAUGAUAAGUGUAAUGAAAAUAUUUCACCAUUCACCAGUUUUUCUCCAGGACAUUUGUUCAGCAAAUUAAUAACAGCUUACAGUAUGAAUCUCGGGCUGACCUCGGCAUAAUCAGAACCAGAAGUUCCACAGAACAUGACCGCACUGGGAAGUGUGUGUGUUCGAGUGUGUGUUUGUGUGUGUGUGCGUACAGAGCGCAGCCACAGCGUCUGUUUUUGUGUGUGUGAGUUGCUCGGACUUUUAUCGAAAAACACAAUAUUCAUGCAAAUAAUAGCGUGUUUAUUCAGUGUUUGACCACUGCGCUUCAUCAAGGGUCACUAAGGCACUCUGCUCCCCCUCUUUUUUUUUUUUACCGCCUGCCCCAACUGCGUUAAUGAUAUAUGACAGAAAUUUCCUUGAGCUGGUUCAGUGGCAAGAAAGGUCCUGGCUAGUCUAUAUCAAUCCAUCUGACUUAUGUUCCCAUGUCUUGAAUUACCGCUUGAUGGAAACCUGCUGUGGGCUUCUCUUGCCAAUUGAAAUCAGAUCUCCUCCACAGCCUGGUGUGAUAUUGAUCCAUAUUCAACACCCAGGCAGCCCGAUCGAUCAGUAUUGAUUUACAAUAAAAAACACUCCUCUGCUUGUUCAGCACCGCGAUCAAUAACUUUAAAGCAAAAGGGGGAAAAAAAUAUUUAAAAAGAAGAAAAACAGGAUUGUGCUUUUUCCAGCGGUGACCAGCUGGAAUACAUAAAAAUGUGAGGAGAUGUUUCUUUUCAUUACAGGAGUCUGACUUUAAGUGACCAAACCUUGACCACAGCGGCGAGCGGCGGCCGCGUCCACAGUGAACAAUGAUCCUCCACCGCCAUGUGAGACACACCAAUAAAAAAUGGUUUAAUGGGAUGACACUUCUAUAAGGACUCAUUUAUUGAAGGAGGUGUGUCUGUUUCUGAAUUAGUGGCACAUCUGCACUGCAACAGGGAGCGCUAAAACUGUCAUAUCAAAUGUGUCUGGAAAUUGAAAUGGAAUGCUAAAAGUGGUGGAUCAAGCCCGAGCACUUUAGCUUGAUUUCAGCGUGUUAACACGAUGACAUGAUUUCCUGUGGUUUUUAUAUUAAUUUGUGUCUCACCCACUCACACAUAUGCCUGGUCUCUGCCUCCCACACGGCACAUCAUCAGGGCCCGGUUCAACGUCAAACGCACUCCAACAGACUAAGGCGACCCAUUCAGCUACAGUCCAGAUCCACUUUUCCCCCCUGUCACAUCUUAGUCCUAAUCUCUCGGACUUCCUCCCCUCUGCCAAAUAAGCGUUCCCAUCCAGCAGGUUCCAGCAUCGGGCCGGGCUGCAGACAUCUGAAAGUUAUUAUCCCCAAUCUCUGACAUCCAGGAGUUUACAGUUAUAUAAUGAUGGGGAAAACCACAUGUCCCCAGAGGCAGAGAACAUUUUUGAGAUGCCUCCCCAUCUGUUUUUGGGGGAGCUGCCCAUUUUGGGCCAAACUCAGAAUGGCAGGCAGGCUGAUUUUUUUUUCUGUAAUUUUUAUUUUCUACCAGUGAAACAGGCCAGUCUGGGAGUCAUUAUAUGGGGUGAUAAAGCAAAUCCAAUUGGGUCAGGUUCCCCUCUGCACAGUGCUGGUGGCACCGGCUCUCCCCGCCUCGCUGCUCGUCCCUGACUGUGUAAGUGCUGGUUGUUUGUUUGUCCUAGAGAGGCUGGGCUGGGGGACUAAUGCAAGCCCGGGGGCCAGCCAGGUCGGAGGCGACGGUAAACCCGAGCCGCCUGGCGUAGAAGCGCUCCCUCGUUGCUGGCUCGGCCUUGUUUGGACUGCAGCUCCGGUUUGCUUUCUUAGAGGGAAGCUGAGCCUCCGUAAUCAUCCAGCCUUUCGCUCGGGCGGGGAGCACAGCCGGGACCAGAGGGAGUGAUGACAUAGGUCCGCAGAGGCCUGGCCCGGUCCACCCCUGCUGCUCUUAGGAUAUUUAUUUUCUCUUCUCAUUGUAUGGUUUAAGUCACACCGUAUUAUGUUCGGACCUUAUGCACGUGCACAGGCACUCAGAUGUGAUGAGGUGCAUGGCGUAAAGCUGUAGGCUUUGUUUUUACUAAUAACGUCGGGGAUUAGUGACUUGCUGACCUCAGUGUAAUCUUUAUUAGUCUGUUAACCAUAUACUCUGGUUAUGGAGCUGGCCCCGACUGAUGUGAAAGCGGUGACACAGACGUGCAUUUCAGGAAGAAACAAAUGGGGAAACUAACCAAAUUACAUGCUGUUAUUAAAUCUCUAUGCUAUGUUAUGUGUAGAUGAAUGUGUGUUUCUGCUUAAGCGUUUCCAAAAUUUUACAGAUUUAGAUAAUUUAAGACCCCCACGUUGGCCCCCCAGGCACUCCUCACAAAUGUUUUAUUCAGCAUCAGCACUCUGUUCUGUUUUGUUACGUUAUUGAAAUGGGUUGUCGAUUCGAAUAGAGUCAACCUGGUGGGCCAAUCUCAUUGUAGCCAGUGGAGAGUGAAAGCCAUCUCUGCAGCAUAGGCUCACCAGAACACACACAGAGAUUGGACGAGGGGGGCAGUGAGAGCGAGAGUGCCUUCUCCAGAUGGAGAUCCCAGAUAUGGGGGGAAAUGUCCGGGCCAUUUUCCAGGGUUUCCAUAAUGGGAAUCAACCCCUUGCUUGCUUAUUAAGUUGUGCACACAAGGAGGAGUGAGGGGAGAGAUGGAGAGGAGAGGAGAUAAGGGCAGGCGAGGCGAGAGAUGGACAACCUGCGCGCCGUCACCUCUCCGUUGUAAGUGUCAAGCCGGCCCUGUCGGAGAAAUCACAGGUCAUGUGGAUAGAUGAUUGUCAAAGCACCGCAUUGAUAUAAGGGCUCUCUUUUUUUCCUUUGAGCCGCGAAGGCGCAUGAUAAGAUUUGUUUUUGUUUUCUGUAGGAGAGGGAGAAAGUAUGACGUCCGGGUUAGGGAGGUCGGAUCUGGGGGUCGUGGGGUCACAGCCUCUUUGGUACCUGAGUAACCUCACAUGGCUUAGCCUGAAAUGAUGGCGGCGGCGGUGGGGAGGGGCGAGAGAGUGAUCUAUCAGCGGAAGCAGCAGACAUGCAGACAGAAUGGCAGCUACUGCAGCUAAACAGAGUGAGACAGAUAGGCAGAAGUCUCUCAUACGUAACACCAGGAGCUUUAAGACGACAGCUCUGAGUGUUAUGGAUGCUUGACAUUGACCUCUCAUACAGAGAUGGCGUAUUUAUCAAGGUUGUAGGACAAGAGUGUAUUUGUUUUUAAAUUAUUUAGUUCACUGGGUGAGAUGCUACUUUCCUCACAUAACGCUCGCCACUUUUGUAACAAGAUAACAACAAUAUCCUCCUCCUCUCGCUUUCGUGCGUCUUGUUAGAUGUUUCCUACGAGGCUUAGAAUUCAGGUGAUCAUAUUUUGAACACUGUCAGUCCUAUCAAGUCGAAUCAACCUUAAAAAAAGAGGGGAGGGAAAAAAAGCUCUGAAGCUUACAUUUUUCUGGAAGAGAAAUAUUUGUGUACAGAUAGGCCUGUCAUUCUGUGAAACAACAUUCAUGAUUCUUUUAUUGGUGCUCAGCCAUCACCCCCCUCUCUUCCUCUGUGGAAAAAAGGGCUAGUCUACAAAGUGGCUUUUUGCCGUUUGAGAGAAGUAAACUUCAUCAGGUCGACGGCGAGGUGUGCUUCACAUGUCACUCAGUCGAGCUCUCUCCUAAUGAAAUGCUGCAUACAGAUUUCUGCCUGCGGGCUCGGGGGGAUAAGACCGUGGUAACAGAAUGAAACAAACCCCUUCCCAUUCCCUUCACUCACACACACAAACACCCGGCAAAACGCAGAAACAUACCCAGACAAACACACAUUCAUGCAGCUGUGCACACACCUACACACACACUCUUGCUGGAGAGCAUCCAUGUGAGGAGAUCCAAAUCUGCAAUUUAUUCAAAUAUUGAUAUUUCUACUUGUCAGGAGAAAGGUGCCUUGAAAUUUCCUCUGAGUACUCCUGUCAAAAAAAUAGCAGGAAAUAUGUCAGAUAAUUCAUAAAUGGAGUUCAGCGCUGCAAAGUCAGUAGGGAACAGCAAAAAAUAUAUAUGCUUGUCAAUGAAGAAUAGGAGCAAUAUUACAGAGCCUGCUGCUCAUUCUUCCAUCAUGUCAAGCAAACAGCUUUUGCAGGCCCAUAAGUGUACGUUUCACAGCCUGUGUGUGUAUUUGUGUAUAUGCAUGUAUAUUUGUAUAUGUCCCUGUGUAUGUACAUGUCUGUGUAUAUUUAUACAUGUGAAUGUGUGUGUGUGCUUUGGCUAUGUUGUGACUCCUACUUAGAUGUGUUUGUUAUCUUUUUCCAUCAAGACACCCCAUUUCCCAUCCUGGAGCAGCCAAUGGGAAUGUGUCCUGUUUCUUUUUUUUUUUUUUUCUUCUUCUUCUGCAGAGGUCCGUAACCGGACGCUGGCCUCCAUGUGGUUUGAAUUAGGGCCCCUGAAACUGUGAAGGACGCCUCGAAUGACGUGAGGCACUUGCAGACCAAAUUCCAUUCUGCUGAAUGGUGGAGAAACGAGCUCUCCGGAAUCCUCCGAGAUUUUUUGGCUCGGGCCCUGCAGCGAUUAAAACAGGGCGGAAACCAAUAACUCAAUGAAUCAUGGGGCAACGUCCCAUGAAAUCUCUCACUGCUCUGUCACACCCACAUGCAAACCCCGAAUCCACUCAAACUCUGCUGAUUAGUCUUUUUUCCAAAGUGCGAGAAAAAGUAGAAACGGGACAAAAGUCUCGUUCUUCUCUCCGGUUUAUUGGGCAGAACUUUCGCCACUCUCCCCCCUGUUUCCUCCCUCUGGUAGUUACCUCCACUAUGACAGAGUGCGGGCUUCCUGAUGAUGCAUCACUUGACCAUGUUGUGCCAAAGCGAGACAGAAUAGGACUCCACAUAUCUCCAGCGGUCAUGUGAUGCCAUAGUUCAUAGCAGUUGAUGAGAUGCAGUUUGGCACAGCUUGGGACCCAUCUGGGAGAUGCAGAUACGCAGACAGGAGAAGUAUUUUACAGCAAUGCAUCUGCGCGCUUGAAGAGCUAUUUAGCAUAUGCUGCUAUACGAGAGAAUGUGCUCUGCUGUUGCCAGCUGCAGAUUAGUCUUCAUUUCUCAAAAAUCCGACAGAACAGCUGAUCCAUAGCUGCAGACGGCUAGCAAUGAGCAAAAUAUUGUUUUAUGCUAAUGCAGUAUGUUAUUUAAUAUUCGGCUUCAUUACUUCUCAAUAAGCGGAGUUAUUUUGUUAGAAUAAUACAGAAAAAAAAAAACAUCUUUUCCCAGUAUUCUUAUAUCUACGAUAACAAUGUCAAGCAGUGCAGUGAUGCUGCUGCCAGCGCUGGCCGGUUUGUUUCUGUUAGCUCCAGCAGAAGUCAAAGCUCAUGCUGCUGCUCUAACUCAAGUGGCUGAUAUGUUAGGCCAUCUAGGGCAUGGCAGGCGGUUGACAGUCCAUGCAGCCUGUCUACCCACAGGACAUCUCCACACAGUGUGUCCACAGCAGGGCCAGCCCUGUCAUCUGGGCCCACUAUGGACCAGUGCUCUGCUGACAGUGAGAGGGUAAACGUUUACCACCUCAAUCCCCCAUUAACUCGGUGAAGGCGCUUCGAUCCUCUGUGAAAAUAAUGAUAUUGAUUGGAGCUUGGCUCUACAAACGAAAUGGUUGCAACUAAAAGAGGGAUGGGCCCUUGCAUUAGAAUAUGGGAUUUUCGAGGAUAAAAGAGUGUUUGGAUCUUGUUAUAUUUUUCCUCUCCUCCAUCUCCCUCCAGCUUUCCCCCACCUCCUUGUCUCCUCUCUUUCUGCAUUUUUAUGUGUGUGCAUGUAGUGUGAGAGCCGGCAUGUCUCCUAAGAUUACCCUCUGCUAUCCCCGCAAUCAAACAACAAAUGACAACAUCAUUGCUCAGGCCUUUCAAAAUACGACACAAAAAAAGUGUGUUGUAGCUACAUUAACUUGCAACAACCCCCUAAUAGACCCUUGUGGGUUUUGUAUCUCUCCGCCUCCUCUCUCUCUCUCUCUCUCUUCCUCUCUCUCCUCUCUUUUCUCUGCUAGGCUGUCACAUAUCCACCACCCUCCCAGCCCCCCCCCCACCACACACACCCCCGGCCCCCCCACCCCCACCCCUCACAGUGCGAGCCUCCGAGCCUCGGUGGAGAUCAGGAGCUCCCUGUCGGAGGUGCUUUGUCACGUAGCCCAGGGAGCGUGGAACUCACCCAGAGCUGUUGAACAAACACAAGCACAGGGGCUGUCAAUAGCAGCUCCGCAAACUAAUUGCCUGUCAAAUGAACCACCCUCGUUAAGCUGCCCUCACACACACACACGCACUCACACACACACACACACACACACACACGUGUGCGUGCACUGUGACAUUCAUACGCACACACUCCCACACACAGAGCCGAUUUGAUUCAAAGAGUAGUGAUACCUUGUUAGAAGAAAAGACACACGAGUGGCACUUCUCUGUUUGCCGUCUUGUUCCUGCAAUCGUUACCGGCGUGUGUAGUGCAGUCACCGUGAGAUUGCCAUUUUGUUAUUAUUAAGGGGAACACAGCAUUGUAUAGAGUAGCUGAUGUAAUCCGAACAGAUUCCACACAGCCUACAGUCUAUCAGCUGGUGUAAUAUUUCACUUUUUAAAACCACUCAUUAGAUGGUAGCAGAGCUCCAUACGCCAAAUGGUAUUGUUUUUGUGUUUGUUUUGCUGUUUUUUUUUCUUUUUUUUUCUGUAGUCAUUAGGCAGUAGCAGUGGAGUGCCCAGCGCCUUGUCUGGGUGCCUGUAACAGUGCUGUCGGAUUGACACAGCUGGGGAGAGCAGCUUGAGGCUGCACGCUCAGGAAUACACAGGGGUGUUCAAAGCCCCUCUCUGAAUCCUGAUCAGAGCGCUGCCCCGGCCAACUGAUGGCCUAUUAAAUAUACAUGCGCAGAGGUCAGAGCUGGAGGUCCCGGCUUCCUCCCAGCCAUGUGCACUUAAGCGGAAGGGCUGGGCAACAAUAAAACCUCCUCUCGCUCCAGCGAGCUCUCCCCUGACACCCUCACCUCCAGUGUGUACGUCAAGUACAGUGCUCACCUAGUGCUAUAUUACAACCGCCUUUGUGGAAAGGCCAAAUGAUGCAUUUUUUACAUGGUUAUUAUAUAUUUAUAUUCAAUAACACCAAGGACCACUCUUGUGUCUGUCUGUCUCCUAUUUUUUUUCCUUUUGUCGCUGAUAAAUAGCCGCGCUCGAUACAAGCAAACACAGAGUUUGAAGUGGGUCCACAUCCCUGGGCUUUGUAGUUUAGCACAGACCGAGGCGAGGAGGUAGAGGGAAGAGCCCCAUAAUGGCCAGUCAUGAUUAACAUAUUCAGAGUGACACUCUCUCUGUGUUCGUUCGUUAAGCCCGGUCUGUCUGACUAAUGAAGUGGAGCGGCAGUUUAUCAAUUAACCCAGCACUGAGCCAUUUGUGCCGGGGAUAACGCUCGAGCUGGGUGUUGCGGUGAUCCAGUUUGGUGCCCUUUAACCCCUGCGAGUGUCCAACAAGGCAGGAGCGUGUGACAGUGACAGCAAAACACACAAGUCCACAACCGGAGAUCCACUAAACAGGAUUUGUGUCUGCUGCUUGUCGGCAGAAUGCGGAGAAAGGAGUGAGGAUUGAUUGGGUAAUAGGAUCAUGAAAAAAGAUCCCCGCAAACUAACAUUGGGGGUUUUCAGCAUCCUCAGACUUGGCAUAGAUCAUAGCAAACAACUUAGUGCUGUCUCUAUUAAAACAAGGCCUCCCUUGCCAUUAUCUUUCCCCCUACUGCUCCUUCCUCCAUUUCACAUUGUUUGUGUUCAUUAAGACAUGGGCGACCUGCCUUAUCCACACAUCAGACCCAGCUCUCAAGAGUAAUUGCGAUGGUCUCGCAGAGGAUAAUGUGGUUUAAACUCAGUAUAGCCUGUCUAUUAGGAGAGACAUGAUGGCAACCACAAAUAAUAAAGAACUAUUUAUUCCUCUCUCUGUGACGCUAACUAGGUAACAUAUCAAGCCGGCUCCGCUAAGGGUCUCUCUUACUGUCAGAUAUGGCACCCUUCAUCCAUUCCCAAUGGCCCUCGCCUCGACAUCUCUGCUCUUCAUUUUCUACAUGAGCCCGGUCAUAAAUGCACACACACCUCAUAUAUAUUUGAUAGUUAAUAUUUAUCCUCGCUAGGGAAGUGCACUUUACAUGUGGUAACAUACGAUUACCUGCAAUUCUUAUAGCAAAGAAACAAAAUCGAUAUGGAUAUAUAAUUCAUGACGGAGGGGCUAUCAGUUUUUAUGGCUCUCUAUCCAGGCUCAUUAAAGUUUUAUCGUAAUUGACUGCAAGCAAGAGUUUUUAAGGCAUGUUUCUCCCUCACUUUCUACCUUUAAUAAUUAAGUAAAGUUUAAUUGGUUGUAUUUUGAAGCACCUAGGUAUGAUAGGAGUCUCCCAAAUUCAGAGCCAUGAAUUAUAGAGCGCUAUGUUAUGCAUUAACCUGUCAGUUUGUUCAUUUGUUAAGGCCGAAAAGUACGGUCCCAACCCCCAAAUCACAUCCAGAAAUGGAAUAUCCGGCCUGGCCCCUUCAAAAAAUGCCUUUUUAUGUCUUUCAUUGCUGUGUUAAUGUAGUGACAUGACGCUGUCACUCAGAGUGCUCCCAUCAACCGCCGGCCCCGAAUCGACUCCGCUGAUUGGUGGUCAACUUGUUCUCUUGAAGGGAGAUUGACAGACGGAAAAUUGCACUCUCAGAUUUCACCCUUCAUUCGUUGCAGUUGUUCUUCCACUCGUCAACUCUCCGCCAUGCCUGAGACAGACAGAGGCUUUAUCCAUUAGCUGCCGGCUUGGCGGGUGGGUGGGCAGAUUGAGGCGGGAUGGAGGAGGAGAUGGGGGUAGGAAGACAAUCCUACAUUUGAGCACUCUGAGGGAAAAUCAAUCAUGUCAUCAUAAGUGAGAAGUAUGGAUGAAUUUCAUCAGCUGGUUCCUGUCCUGUUCACGCCGCUGGCUUUCUGACUGGCCUGUCCUCCUGAUUGGCAUCCUCAAUGACCCUUAAAUCCGAAAAGGGGAGCCGAUUUUGAAAACACUGUAAUAAGAGAAAUCGGACAGUGGUUUCAGGGUCACACUUUUCCCACUUCUCCUGCUGCUUCACUGUGGGAAACCUCCAGUGGUUUCUCUUGACAAAGUGGUAAUAGAUUUACCAUCUGAUUUUGUGCCAAACCAGCAUUAGAAGGUUUUGUAAGAAAAUGUUUCUCAACUAUUUCCCGUCCACAGCAGAUAUGAUGAAGUGUUAUAAAGGGCAGCAGCACUCUGCCACUGAAAAUUUGUUUUAUAAUUUUCCCCCGUCAUCUCGCAAGGUCACCGGCGAGAACUAAAAGCAGCGUAGGUAUAGGGUGUGAAGCAAUCAAAAAUGGAUGAAAGUGAAGACAUGGAAAUCACAGAUGAGAAAUUGACAGCCGUUUACAGCCUUGUUGUCGAUGUGAGUGACAGAGCGAGGGAGAAAGUGAGAGGGGGGGGAAAGGCAGAGUUAAAGUGGUGAUAAAUUUAAUGGAAAAAUCAAAUACAAAACAAAUUCAUUCCUCUAAACUUGAUGCUCCAGUCGUUCUUUUCUUGGCCUGUUGCUAAGCCUUAGAAUAAACUGUCACUCCUUAUCGAUCGCAUCUGAAUUGUUACCGAGAUUUCUGAAAAGUAGUCUUGACACACACCCUGCAGAAUAGUAAUCUUGGGAGAUGAGAACAUCCAGACUGAACAGCUAACACCCCCUGACUUAAAAUAAAAGAGGCUUUUCUUUUCUGCCUUUUUCAAAUCCCAGCUAAUACACUUUGCUGAAUUACAAAUUCAGUGAUAAAUAUGUUGCCGUGAAGGAUGUGCCGUGGCUGCUUUUUAAUGACUUUGCUGUGGUUGCUGUGGAUGUUGCCAGUUUGUCAUGGGAAAUGCUUAUAAAACAGUGACUGAGCAUGAAAUGUUUGUACACGAUUUGUUUGCCAUUUGUGAAGGAGAUGACAUGAUCGAAAAAUCAAUUCACUUCACGUUUGAUUUCCAGCGAGCACCUAAAUGACUGCUCUUCAAUCGCCCACUGAAAUUCAUGUAUCAUGGUAUGGUUCAUUAUAUUCCGAUGGUGUAUUAAUUAUGGCUAUAGAUAGAGAGCUCUACUGUGAGAGGUAGCCUCGCUGCUGUGUGCCAGAGGGAGCUAGCCUGAGGAGGAAAGCUCUGCUUGUAUCCACUCAUCCCUCGGCUGACAGGCCUGCUCCAGGAGAAAAGGAUUUCUCCGGAUUGAGUGCCAUUUUCUCUUCUUUAACAAGGAAAUUAGUGUGUAAAGGAGAUCUGUCAGGAUAAAGUGCAGCUUGACUGCUGCCGCCCUCCCCUCCUCUCUGUCUUUCUUUCCCGCCCUUCCCUCCCUUUCCACGUCCUGUAACUCUCUCUCUCUCUCUCUCUCUUUCUCCACCUCUCUUUUGCUUUCUCUCCCUCUUUCUGCCUCCCUCUUUUCUCCCCUACUCAAUGGCUCCCUCAGGGGAUCUUCCUUGAGCAUUAGCAGAACACAUCCAAUGUCCCAGCUACAUGAUUUCAUGAUAUGAUUUGUACCGGGGAUUUGCAAUAAUCCGCAAAUAAAGUUGAAAGUGAAUGACUCUCAAUAAGAGACGCAGACAAGCAAAACCGAACCUUUUAAGAUUUUCUUUAUCUUUAAUGGCAUGAAAAAUGAAUUUGUUUUGCAUAAGAUCACAACAAUUUAGCAACGGCCUGAGUAUGUUGUUUUGUCUUUGGCUUUUAUGAUCAUGAUUAAUUCCUGCACAGGAACCUCGGUGAUAUACAUAAUGCAUCAUUGGCUCAUUUAAAUGUUCAGUUCCUCUGCAGUUGCGCAGAGCUUGGUAGCUCAUUACACAUUACCCAUGUGCGCCUGCAUGGGAGUUGGGGAGUGCCAGCCAUACUCACUUGUAGUCAAAGAUACAGUAUGUGCUGCUUUAGCAGGAUGUCAGGAAUUGACUAUGCGAUUAAUCUCAGGUGUCUCCUCCACCUCUUCAGCUUCAUUCACCUCAUGUUAGUCCCUUUAUUUUGUCUCGGUAACUUUUCACCUGCACUAGAUAGACAGGCUGUAGCCCCACUGGCACAUUUUUAAUAAGUCUGCUUCAAAGGUGUAGGGCGAGGAAGAAAAAAAAAAAAAAAAUCAAAACAUCCUGGGUUAAUUUGAAAUGUACUCUGCAUCUGUGAUGGGAAACAGCCUCACAGGUAAGUAAGGCAGACAAUUAGGGAAUAUCCGUAAGUGCAGGAGCUGCAUACUAAAAAACGCAAAUCACUAUUUCCCCAUCUGGCCCCUACUGUGCCGAGAACUGCAGCUGAGGUCCGAUUUCACCCGUCAAUCACCGCCGCCUCGCUGUGGGGUGUGUGUCCUGGUGAGAGAGCCUACCCCCAAGUCAUUAGCACACACAGUCAAACUGUAGUGAGAAGUGCCCCGCGCCGCUCCGCUCUGCACCACGGUUUAAAUAUCCCCAGCCUGUGACAGGAUCAGUUUAGCGAUCUGUAGGAUUGAUCUCCUCUUUAAAGUUUUGCCUGAGGCGACUCUAAUUGGGAACGAGGCUGCCUCCCACUCCCCUCACUCCCUUAACUGUCAGUCUUGGCUUUGUUUACUGAGGACAUGCCCAAACCUAUUUACUCAAUAAUGAGGAGACGUGGUGGGGAUGCUGCUGAUCACAUCGAGGCCCCCAGCGGGACUCCUGCAUGCUGGGAAGGGCGGGAACAUCAUUUUAGACUUUCUGAGCUGGUGAAAGUUAGCCUACGCCGCUGCCGUCGCUAUAAUGUAGCAGCUAUUUUCCCUCCUUGUUUCCUUGAUUUGAAGAGCUCUUGUCUACCUCGGGGAAUUUAUUGUUUUUCCUCUGUCACAACACACAGUUAGCUAAAAUAGCACGGCGCUCAAAAGAGGAAGCACAUAAGUGGCAUCAUUUUACACUCUUGCUUGCGCCCUUCAUAUGUUCUAUGAAGAAUUAAAGCUGACUGAAAGCCCUCUCGAAACAUGUGAGGUAUCGCCAAAGCCUUGUUGUGGAGUGGACUAUUCAUGACUGGAGUGCCUCGGCCUUUUGAGCCAUUUUCUCAGAUUCUCACUCUCAUUUAGGUUUGUUUUCAUCUGCGCUGACUGACAAAGCCUUUGGUGUGGAUAGCGAGGCAAUAGAGUCCAUUGAUGCCCAUUGGGAUUAUGAAUGAUGAAGUGGAGAAGCUGCCGCUAUCAGAGGGACACAACACUGCUCUUAAUAGAAAAGCAUUUAGAAAAGGCAGCAGGGAGGAGGAGGAGGAGGAGGUGGUGGUGGUGGGGGGCUCUCUGACACUCGACUGAUAAGAGGCAGCUCUUCAGAGGUGGUUGUGUGUACAAUGAAACACGCUGAUGGGGAUACAAUGACACACAUGUUGCGUCUGACAGGCGGUGAUUUAGACGUAGUGUUGGGAAAUAAAUAAAAAAAGCACCCGGACCACACAACCAAGUUCCAUGACGUGAUGCAGAAUACGCCGCCUGUGUAUGUUUCUACUUAUUGGUUUGAUUUGCGGGGGGAAAAAAGCAUUGUCAUUACUCAUAUCCGGCCCGGACAGAUUGAAGAGGAGGGACGAGGAGAAGGAGUCAGUACAGUGUGGUGGCACGGGGAGUGAAAGAGAGAUAUGCAGAGAGGCAGAGCUGUCAGUUUGAGGAAUGAGCCUGAUAAGAGGAAGGGACUCGGCAGAUGGGCAGAAGAAACCGGCAGCACACUUCUCAAUUAAACAUGUAAAUACCAAAAGCAGGCAGGCAGCGACAGAGAUGAGGAAGUUAAAUAAACACAGCAACCGUGCUGUGAUUACAAGCUCAAAACACCACCACCUUUGCCACUUUUUUUAUUUAUUUUUUUUGGUAGUUCCUUCAACUCCAAGGAACUCUUUAAUCCAGCUAAACCUCUGCCUUACUAUAUCAUGAAUUUCUUUUUUUAUCCCUUUGUUUUAUCAUCUCCUGUGGUUAAAUUGAUUCAUGCUGAGUGGAAUUCUUUGAGAAGUUGGGCUCCCACCAGGAACUCUUGAUACAGAUCUAAUUGAGCUUUUCAUCUAUUCACUUUGUCCUUUGUUAUCCAUUUUAAUAUAUUUUUUUUAAUAAUUGUUGUCCAUCAUUUUUACAUACGAGCCCACCCCCCCCUCCAACUCCAACACCCCCACACGUAUCCAGCUGUGAGCAACAGGGAGCAUCUUAAAUACUUCUGUAGGCAGUGUCCCUGACAUUAAUAACAAUGAGCUUGGCAUAACCACAGUACAUUUCUUAGGCAAGAUUCACAGUUUGACAUUCAGCCCAGAUGCUAUCUGCGGAGCCUCAGCGUUUAAGACCGCAGAGGAGACAGACAUCUGUCACUUGUUACCUUUGAAGUGAAUAAGAGUGGGACGCAGAAAAACACAGCGGACAAAAGGCCAUUCUGACCACAGACCCUCAGUGUUUACAAACGGAAAGAGAGAGUGACAGGAGAAACUCAAGAUGAAUGGAUCGCCGCUGUUGAUCUCCCCUCCUCAUUCCAUGUGCUAAGUUAUUCCGUGGCUGCUACCCCAGUGGGGGGGCGAAGGGAAACAGGAAGUUGAGAGAGGCAAGCAGAACGCCUCAAGGACUCUGGAGGAGCAGAGCGCUACAGCCUGCAUGGGAAAAAAAAAAAAAACAAACUUACUGUACACUUCUCUAACCUGAGGUACCAAACAUUACAAAUGUGAACAUAAUCCACAUUUUAAUGAGGGGAUGACGCGAUAUUAAGGCAAUAUUUGCAAUAGUGUUGUUGUCAUGUUGAAAUAGCAGGCGUGAUUGCAUGAGCUGUUGUUGGAGUGGAUUUAGGAUUAGUGUAAAGAAGUGUAUUUUGAUAUAAUUAUUAGAACAAUGGCUGUGUUCAUUUAUCUCCUGUCAUGUCUCCUCAGACCUGCUUCUAUUUCAGGUUGCACGUCAAGUGAGAGCAGCUAUAUCUGGCUGGCAAUUAAGCUGGUCCUGCCUCCCCUUGAUGCUUGAUUAGUCCGAUUGAUGGAGGAGGCCAUAUGUGGCGGUGUCAAAACUUGGCAGCCAAGCUCCAUCCUCUCAAAUGAGAGGCAGGCAAUAAAGAGGCAGGCUGCCCAGAGUGGGUGCACGUAUGCGAGGCCUGCAGCGCCACAAUUUUUGGGCCCCCCCUCCACUCCGUCCUCCUGAUAUGUAGCGUUUUCUCUAGGGGUCUUCAGGGGGCACUGACCACUCCAGCCAAGUUCUAGUACGGGCAGAGGUGGCCACCGGCGAGGGGUGUCCCUGUACCCAGCCCUCUGGGGCACCAGCUCCAGGCAAGGCGUUGGGGGGGGUUGGGAUGUGUGUGGGUGUGUGUGUGUGGAGUGGUAGAUGGGGGGUUGGGAGGUUUAGAAAGCUGAAAGAUAUGGCCCCCUUCCCAAUCUCGCUCGGAGACAACAAAAAGGGAAUGCUUGAGAAGGGGAAGCAGCGGGAGGAGAGCACAAAGACAAAGGCGCGGGCAAGGUCAGUCUAGCUAAUGGGCCUGAGCCGUAGGCUGCCUGGGGCUAGGCACACUUCUGUUCUCUCUCACACACUGGGCCUUCAAAGACCCUUCAGUCCACCCCUCUCCUUCUCUCCUCUCUUCCUCCAUCUCUUCCACUCCUCUUCCACUCUUUUCCCUCACUUCCACUGGUGACACUGCCCCCCCCCCCUUCAAAAGGUACAGCACAGGUGUCUUUAAAAACACAUUAAAAACACCUCACCAAUAACUCCCUUUUGUCCGGCGUAUCAACAAUUGUGAUUUUACCCACUGACAUUUCUCCAAACAGAAGUGAUUCCUUAAACAACGUAGAGGAUAUUUUCUUAACUUCCGGUUUUCUCGCUUGUCACCGGCCGUCAUUAGGUCCAAGGUGGGUCCCUGGAAGUGCAUGGAGGAAGUGUUGGAAACGAGGAGGAGGUGGAGUGUUGUUGUCAGGUUGGCUGGCUGGCGUUGCUUGGCUCCACUCGAGGGCUCCUUUAAUGUGCAGCGGAGUAGAAUAAGUGAGUGGCUGUGGGCACCAGCUGAGCUCACUCUCGUCUUCGCCUGGUAGCUGAGGGGUGAGCCGCUGCCACCUGACACUGGGCACACGGCUCAGGGCUCCUCUUGGCAACGUGGCACAGCACACAUGUCCCCUCAUUUGGAUGGAGAUUCAGACACAACACACAAAAGCUUUACCCCCCCUCCUCCGUGGCACUCCUCCUCCUCCUCCCUUCCCUCACUCACUCACUCAGUCAGUCAGUCAGUCUCUCUUUUUCUCCCCUCCUGUUUUUUUUUUUUUCUCCCCUUCCUUUAGAUUUUGACGGCAUCAUAAUAAUCUGGGUAUCUUCUUGAUCAUGCCCCAUGUUUUUUUUUUCCCUUUUUUCUUCCUCAUCUUCUCGGAGACGAGUUUGAAAUUGCCUGCGUCAGGACUUUGCUAAUUAAAGUCAUACUUUCAAAAAUGCCAUAAUAACUGUUAAUUAGCUUGAUGCUAUUUUCAGCAUAAUUUGCUAAUUAGUGGAAAACCUGUACAGCGUUUCUCUCUAAUUACAGUAUGGCUCCGCACGGCGCAUCUGUGCCUUGACUCCAAAUGAUACCAUUACAAAGUCCCGUAUUACGCAUUCUCUCAAAACAGUUAAUUGCCUCCACAGAUAGUGAGAUACUUCAGUCAGCUGAUUUUUAUGGUAAUAAAUGGACAGGCACAGACACAAACCUCCCUGCUUCAUGUUUAUGAAAUAUGAAAAAGGAAAAACAACCUCCUUAUGAGAUGCAUGGAGUUAGUUUGGAAUAUAAUCUGGCUGGCUCUGUGAUGAUUUUGUGUGCUCAUGCGUUGAGUUGCCAGGACUUUUAAUGAAGUUUGAUUUAUUCCGUGUUAUAGCCUCAUGAGCGUGUACGCCAUAAAUUGUAAUUAAAGCAAAAGAUGUAGACAGUAACCUUAUCAAAAGGUAAAGGUAAUGCUUAAAACGAGAGGUGGUGGCCGUGUAAAUACAAGCCGGAGCUUAUUACUGCGAACGUAAGCACCAUGUCGCCCUAACAGUUAUUUUCAUGUAGCCUAGUGAUGAGAGAGAGAAUAACGGACAUGACCAUAGGUUGACCCCGCUACAUGUGUACACUCGACACAAAUUAUGACUCAUUAAGUGUGGUGAGGUGCAUGAUUGGCAUGACCUCCGACCCCGGGACGUCAGCUGUGCCCAUCCUCCGCUUUGCCCCGCUUUUGACAGCCACCAGCCUGACAGGGCUAGCAUCGGCGCCGGCUAAUUAAUGCACCACUUCAGAGACCCUUUCAUUUAUGGCUUCUGAAAGGCAUUAUUAAAUUAAUUAAACCACCAAGAGUUAGUCAUUAUGAAAUCAGGAGGUUUACAUGGAUGACAGCGUUUAUGAAUUAAACAUCCCCAAAGUUCCUCGCAGGAGAUACCCCGAGCUGCGUGUGGGUACCUAGCACGACAGAUGUUUGCCCCCCCCUUCCUCCCUCCCUUCCCCAAGCUAACCUGUAUUGCAAGCGAUUUAGGUCUCAUUUGGGGGUUUGAAAACUGAAAGCAGGAGAGAAAGAGGUUCAGGAUAGCUAAUGAGCAGAGAAAGAGAGGGGAAAAGGAGGUCACUCGCUCUGUUCAUCUGUAGACAGUGCAGAUGGUUCUGUUUUAUACAAUACAACAAUGGCGUACAUCAAUUUGUUGAUCGCUAAUAGAUAGCUACUCUCAGAAGACUUGCAGGCUGGGAUCAGUUGUCUGUGGGUUUUAGCUGAGAACUCUACAUUUAUAGCCUGGAAACAUUUAGCAAAGCUGUGUGCUGUUUUUAACUCAUCAUGUGAUGUGAAAACUACAAAUGGUUCACGAGAUAAAUCCCAUAAACUUGGGCUUAGCUGGAGAGCAGAGGGCAGAGAUGAGUAGCUCACUCAGGAGCCUUGACGAUAGACUCCUUUUCAUCUGCGGACUGAGAUUCACAGAUUAUCUCAAGAGGCUCUCUAUCUCUGUCCUCGUCUCUAUUUCUCUUUUUCUGUUCCUCCACCCUCCCUCUCUCGCCCCUCGAUUCAGGAAGUUUGCCAGCUACUGUCUUUGUUUACAAUGCCAAGGGAAAAUGUCAGAGCCGUUGAGAAAAAUAUCCUUAGAAUCUUUUUUUCAUCUUCUUAAUCUAACAGUUUACUGAACUUGAUAAGUGUCCUAUCAACAUGCUAAUCAAAUUACUUCGGAACCAAAAUUGACAGUUUUCAUUAAUUAUACAAGAUUAUUCUAAUUGCAAUUCAAAUUUAUUCAUUCCGAACAGAAGGUAUUCAGUAAUAUUUUACAAAAUUUGCAUAUUAAAUGGAGGGAGUUGUGCAUUAUGCAUGGUAAUGUAUGCAGAGUUUCUUAUUUUUAACUUCACGGCCAUAUGUGGUGUCGUUGUAGGAGCAGGUGAAAAGUCUAAGUGUGUUUAAUUUGCUUGACAAACAUUCGGCUGGAGCUUGUCAAGGGGAGUAUUGUGAAUGCCAAUCUUUAUUCCCUCUUUAUUGAUUACCCCAAACUCUAAACAUCUGGAGGUAAAUGGCACUGAGAGAGAUGAAGUGAAUCAUGGGAUUAGUACCUUCAAUGACUGAAUCACUAUCAAUUACUUCAAUAGCAUAAUUCAAGUGCAGCGCAUAAAAGCUACAGCACCUUGGUUUGAGCCAGGAUUAAUAUUGCAAUUUAACGUAACAAUGGAGGCAUGGGAAUGAUAUGGAUGGCGUCCAAAUUUUUCACAUUGAUGUCAUACAGCUAAUGCCGUUAUCUAAAUACCGAAUGUAUUUAAUUCCUAAUUUAGGCUUUGUUUGUAAAAUGAAAAGGCUGAACGCAUUAGGCACAUGUUUUAAAAGGUAAUGGAUUCUGUGAGUAAAACAACCUUAUUUAUUCACUGAGACGCAAAACCCCCAAUUUGCUCUUUGUUUUUAUUUCCUAGAGCGGGCAGUGAAGUGCAAACAGCUUACUGGGAAGCUGUUUACUACUGUAUAUGACAAAGGCUGCGCGUGUAUGUGUGCGUGCGUGCGUGUGCGCGGAUGUAUAAGUGUGUGUAUGUGUGUGUUUAUGGGGAAGGGGGCUGCUCUUCCAGCUCCACAGGCAAGGUCUUGUGUUGUAAUGUAAGCGUAAUAAUUAUCAAACAGCAUCAGGGGCUCUGGGUACGGGCUUUAACAGGGGGAGAGCAUGUUUGAUAUGUAGAAUCAGCCCAUAGUGCAUCCAUAGAGGGUGACUAAAUCGCACGGUUCAUGGAUCACAUUAGUAUUGCUCUGCAUCCACACUCGCACUAUAGGUGAUUUCCAUUUAGACACACAUUUCCACAUGAAGAUAAAUAUGACUUGAAUCGUAAUUUCCCUGAAGUAAAUAUAAUACAAAUACAACAUAAUACAGUGUCAGGCCAGGCAGGCUAAUAGAUUACUAGCGUGUUUUCCAUUUGUAUGGUAAGUGGUGAACCUGGGUGGUGGUCUGGCGAGUAACAAAUUGAAUGUUUAAUCCAUCUCAGUGCAGAUUGAGGGUAUCAGAAAGAUCGGUAGUCGUAUGAGUUCUCUUGUGACUGCUAGUAUAUGAGAUGUUUUUACUCUUCAGGGGUUUGGGGAAUGUUGGUGGAUUAACAAGAGGUGCAAAGUGGUAGAUAAAUGCAAUUUCUUAUCUUUUCUCAAGUCGGCUGUUAUUUUUCAAAUAGGUAUUCGGAUUUGACAUGCAGUAUUUCCAGACACUGAGUGGUGUAAUCUCUGAUUUCGCAUUACAACUCUUUCGGCUAGUUACAUUUAAGUGGAGACGCCGGAAUAUUACCGCGACUCUUUCUCCUUAUGGGCACAUAUGUGUCUCCUUUUUCAUUCUCUUCUCUGUGCAUAAACAGUGUACAUAAGUGAGAUAUCAUUGUGUAGCACCCAUGACAAAUCUGCAAAAGAUAUGCCUCUUCAAUGGAACCAAAUAUACUUGAAGUACACAUUUAAUACUUUAAUAAGUGUUUGCUUUGGCAUUUUGUAGAAGCAAGAUUAGCGUCAGCUGCACAGCAUCUCAUAUAAAGUGUGACAAAUUGAUAUUUUUAUAUAGCCUAAUCUGUUUACUAUGAUGUUUAUGUGAGGAAUUAUUACAAACUAAUUAAAGAAAUCACUUUGAUAUAAUUAGUCAGAUUUCAGGAAGCUCAUUAGUAGUAAUUUGCAUGAAAAAUAAGCCCUGUAGUGGUGCUCAGGCCCAGCUAUUCGAUCUGUGUUUUAUCUGGUUACACAUCAACCCCCAUUGUUUGUUGUUUGAGGCGCUCUGAAGUGGCCCACAAUAUUUUCAGUCAUUGCCCUGAGAAGCGGUGGGGUAUCUUUUAACAGAUUCCUCCCCUAAAGCAAGUCAACCUGUAUGUGGAAGCAGACACACGCCUCUGUGUACAUAAGGCAGGAGGAGUGAGAGGCAAAACACUGUCUAUUUAUCUGUCAGGUUCCUGACAAAGAACUGAGCUGACAAGUAAGGGUUUCCCUCCGCAGAGCAGGGGGGCUUUGUUCACCGUACUUACAUGCCCAGUCUAUGCCCAGAGACUCAUGUUAUUUGCAAAUCACAUUCUUUGAAAACUCACAAACGGGGCGAGACAUGCCACGCUACGGGUUUGUCAGCUGCCUUCACAACAGCUAGCUGUAUCGCUAACAGUGAGCGGUUCGGUAAGGAAGCAGCUUUCUCUUAGCAUUUGCCGUGCUGUCACUUUUUCCAACACAUGCGAUGUGUGUCUUCAUGCUUGGGGUCUCUCCUCCCUCAGAGGGUUGCCAUCUUCCCUUUGGAUUGACAAAUAAAACGCCCACACUCCCGCUGAAAAUAAAAAGUGGGGGAAAAAAAAAAGACACUCCUGGAAUUACAUCAUUCUCUGCUGAAGCAAAUCGUGCACAAAUUGAUGUACAUGUAUUAUAUUCCUGCGCUUAGAUUGAAGAAAUGAUUUGGAAUAAAAAGAAACUUUUUUUUUUUUUUUUAAAGCUUUUUUUUUUUUUUCUCAGCAGCCCUGUCUUUGGCAGAGGGGCUCUAAAUGCUGGUACAAAAACAGAAGCUGUUUAUUCUCUAUACCCUUUUCCCACCAUGGACGAAAUCCUUCCCUAAACAUCCGGACAGAGGAGCACUUGUGUGGCGCUGAUGUCACAGACCUACCUGGCCUCCCUCUCACAAAAGCUAAGGUAUCAUUAGCUAGACUCACACAAUGGCCAUUCAACCAAGCCACUGCGCUCCUCAGGACUAGGGAACAAUGUUAUUUUUUGUCUCAGAAUUAUAAAGACAGAGUUUUGCAGGAAACCUGACAGACAAAACCCUUUAGAGGUAAAUGCUCCAGGCGGCUUUUGGGUUUAAUCUUUUCCCAUUAGCAUUUUGCCCCCCCUCCCCUCCCUCUUGCUCACACACAAAGACCAUAUUUACAGGGUCAAAAGUAAAGGCUGUGAGUCUCUGGAGACUGCUUUUUUUUUUGUGUAGAUCUGUACGACGUAUUGACAACACUUUAUGCUUUUGUAUUUAUGCCCUCCUAAUGUAUUUUAAAGGGCUUUUAAAUAGUUAACAAACAUCUUGAACGGAAACAUUCGCUUGUGCGGGAAAAGAUUUUUCGAACACAAAAUAAACAACAGAACAAAUCAAGCACGCUUGUUCACUUUUAAGCAUAUUGAAAAUGAUUAACCCACAUGGCAGCGCUUGAUAUAAUAUAAUAGUUAUAUUGUCAACAAUACAACUGCCAUGCUAAGGGUUCAUAUGUGCUACCUUUGUGUGCGUUAGAGUAUAUGUGUGCUUCUGUGCACGUGUGUGCACACAUUCACUUACCCUUGUGUGUGCAUGCGUGUGUGUGUAUGUGUAUGUGUGUGUGACUCCAUGUGUGUGAUUCAUUCCAGGGCAGUUUUAGUCCUUAUAAAAUAUUCAUUUUGGUUGUGCAGGGCCCUGUAAUUGCCAUCUCUCACCCUGAAUUAUUUAUACCUCGCACAGACUGACAAAGCUUUGCCAUACGGCCCCAGAUGAAUCAGAAAGCAGCCAUCUCUCCUGCCAACAGCACUGGGCUUUCACACAAAUAUGGCAGCCACGUCUCUCUGCCUGGCCUCUCUUAAUUUGACAUUUUCUUUUUCCCCCUGCCUUUGUCCUAGGUGCACAGAAAGGUUACCUGUUAGCUUUAAGCACCGACCCGCUCUCUGUCUUUCUGUCUCUAUCCCCCCUGCCUACAUGACAGUCCACAGUGGGUGUUUUUUUUUCUUCUGAGGACGCGUUAAUGUGGCUGAGAUGUCAAAGUGGCUGCCUCAUGUUUUAUGAUGACUGACCAGUCCUGACAGCCACUUUAGAUGUAUGUAUUAUACAUUAGUAAUAAUAUGAUGUAGGAAUACACUCGCAUUUGCUUGAGCAUGCAUGGACAGAUAGCAAAUCUACUGACUCAACGACCUAUAUCCCACACUGGACACACACACAAACAUGCAAAUAAGCUCCCACUGGCUCCGCAGGAUCCAGCAUGGCUGUCGGUAAGCGGUCAAAGCCCCCCUGCUGGCCUUGCCUGUACAGCUGCGUUCCUGUGCGCCCUGCUUGGGUCUGAUCACUCUCAGGUGCCACAGGAGAGGGACGGCGCUGUAUGGCUCUCAUUGUAGACCGGCUCUGGAGGCCUCGUCCAACACCCUAAAUACUACUAUUCACCCAAGCCAGCUCCUCCAACAUAUGCUUAUCUUCCAUCUCACUGGAGCAGGGAGGUGCUGACUGGUAUUUCCUCAAGGCCCCGAGCUCCAACGCUGACCAGUAAUCAAAACUCCACAUUUCUCCUCCUGCGCAAAAAUAACCUGGAGAUACCUCAGUGCUGUCCAGCUGGCAAGCUGAGUAAAUACUCCUGCAUUGUUGGUGAUUAUUUUCGAGAAGUCAGCAACCUCAUGGCUGUCAGAGUCAUUAUGAGUAAUCAGCAUCAUACAGGUUUUUUAUGGUGAUUCAAUAAUAUUUGCCAAUUCCAGUGUGGAUUUAGAUGAUGUUGGCUCUGUAGCAGCAACCAGUGUUUGAUUCAUUCGCAAGACAAAACAACGCAGAAUUAUUUAUGUGUUGCUUCUUAUUAUAUUGUGUUCAAAGUCCUGGUAGAGAAAAGGGCGAAUUCGGAGUAAAACAAAGAACAGCGUGCAUCAGUACACAGCCUCAGCAGUAUCUUGAUGUGCAGGGCUGGGAGAGGCAGAGAGAAAGCUCGGGGCUAAACAUGCAGUAUGUGGCAGUGGUGGAGCUAAAAGCUGCAUAAAGCACACAGCCUUAGUCCACUGUUAGCAAGUGAUGGAUAGUUAGCAGGAGCUCCGAGUCUUCGUCUAAUCUGUUACAGUAAACCUGUGCCAAAGCCUGAAGGGAAUCAGUGGGGGCCCCUGCUAGGAGUGGGUUUGACGUGAAACCAUUUGUGAAGACGAGCGAUUCUCUUAAGUAAGAAACUAACAGUGUCCAGAGAGAGAGAGAGAGAGUGAGGGAGAGAGACAGGAGGUGAGGAGAAUGAGUGAGAGUACCAGGGAGUGAGAGAAGGAGGAAGAGAUACCAUAAUGAGUCCUGUAGCCAUGGAGUAAAUGAAGAGGGAUUGACAGAGUGAGGGAUCCUCAAGUGAAAUAAUGUCAAUGCCACUCUGCCCAUUAGAGAGAGAGGGGGGAGGAGGAGAGGGUAAAGAGGGAUGAAUGGAGGGAACACAGCUACAUGUGAGGGUGCAGAGGAGCCCAUAAAUUAUUUGUGACACCCACGCAACACACAGACACAGCACUAACAAAAAUAUGAAAUAUGAAACAACAAAAUGAAGUGACAAUAGCAGCUGGAAAAAUAAAGAAAUGAAAACAACAAAAAAAAAAAAGAAUAAAGGCCGUGGAAAUACCCAAUAAAUUCUCCGAGACGUGAGCAAUAAUAAUCACAGUGACAUCUGCCUUGCUGCUCUCAGAGGAGAUGGGCCGGAGCCGAGAGUGGAAGGGGUUAAUCUCCCAAACCCAAUAAGGUUGUAUAGCGAGGCACUUGUUCCCUGAUAAAGAAGUGAUAGGAUCUGUGGGUCCGGUCCCUCGGCGCUUGUACAGGGGUAGAGCAAAUAUUGUUAAUGUGCUGUGGUUUACUUCAGCUAAGGCGAGAAAAACAGCUCAGCUUGACGAGAGAAGACAGCGGCGAACCAGGAUAGGACAGAGGACGGCUACACGGCGUGGCUCAGCUCAGCUCAGCUGGGCCUCCCGGGGACUUAUCCAACAUACAUAUAUAUAUAUAUAUAUAUAUAUAUAUAUAUAUAUAUAUAUAAAUGUACACCCCAGACCACUCAGAUGCAUAAAUAAGUGUCGGGGCAAGAUUAAGAUCUAUAAGUGUCUCUAUUUCUCGUUUUACCUGCUCCGCCUUGUCACAACAGGGAUCUGAAUGCAGUUCACUGGAGUGCCUAAUAACUGGAGCAGUAGGUAGGGAAGGCAGGAGGCUUGACAUUAAGACCCUGGCGUUUUGGAAAUCCGAUACGCUAUUGACCCGUGUACCACUAUCUCAGCGUAGAGAUCUGGUGUCAGCAGAUUGUAGUCUGGUGUUAGGAGCCGUUUUCAUACGGGGCUCCUGUAACAGGGGCCCAUUGAGUCUGGGAGGCAGCUGGGGCCUGAUGGGCUGGAGCUGGGGUGGUGAUCGAUACUCACCGCCCUGCAACGGAUGACCUCACUGUCAUGGCUGCCGGCUGUGGACACUGCAUGCUAGUCAUUAGUGCCGGGGCACCAAUCAGGAGCUUAGACUUGUCAAUACCUGACUCUUACAGAUACUCUGGCCAUCUGUCAGUGUAUUGUGUAACAAAUACAGGGAGGCUCUUUUGCACAAUAAGAACAAGGUGUACUAUUGAAGAGGGGAAAAAAAAAAAACACUCUUUUGUUUUUAAUAAUUUAAGAAACCAGUGAGGGAAAAUAAAUCCAAAUAGCUCGGGAUAAACUUUAAUUUUUCACAAGUCAUUAAAAAUAAUACAAAUCUGAAAAUGAAUGCAAAAAAAACCCAACCGUCUUUGCACUAUGCAUGCGGCCUCCUUAAUAAUACAGCAUUAUCCUUAUUUGCCCUCUUCACUCAAAUCAAAGGGAUGGACAUUUAUGCAUGAGUGACAUCAACCCUGCAAUUAAGUUGGCCAUUUAAAUGAGAGGAGGCCUUCUUCACCUCGCCUGUUUGUUUUUUUCCCCUCUCUCUUCUCUUCUUUCCCUAUUCCCCUCACUGUUUGAUGAUGGGAGAGGGUGAGCUAGAAUUAGGGCGCUGGGUCUUCCUUUGAGUGUCAGCCUAAAAUGAUCAGAGUAAAGAUAAGAGGGUCUAGCAGCCCUCAAAUCAGUCAAAGUGCCAAAGUCGGCCUUUUUCUCCUCAAUUACCGGGUCUGUGAAGCCAGGGAGUGGAAGGCGCCGAGCCUGCUGCAUUACUAAAGAGACAAUCUAUUUCCCCUUUGACCAGAGGGAGAGAAAUCAUUAUGGCAUGAUUAGUAGCUUCGGCAGUGGGCGAGCAUGGAGGUACUACAGGAGAGUCGUAUUAAUUGCCUCAGACUGAGGCAUGAGCGGGAUUGUUUUAACGUUGAUUUGUGGACCUGUAUGACUGGCUGUCGGAGAUAAAAGCCGAUGUCAGGUCUUAGUUAUACUGGCAGACUUCGGGCGGAGAGCGCGAACGCAAGAGAGAGAGAGAGAGAGAGAGAGAGGGUUGAUGUCAAAAUGAGCUUCCAUAGCCGCCCUGGAAGUCUUUCUCUAUAUUCCUGUCGAUGUCUUCCUCUUUGUCUUUCUUCACACUUCAUAGUUUUCCUUUACGCCUCCCACUAUCCCUCCCUCUGCUACCCCCUCUCUCCCCUCAGAUGGACUCCACCCCACCCCUUCCCACAUGCACUCCCUUUCUCUCUCUCUCCUUCUCUCUCUCUCCUCCAACUGAUAGCUGCCUCGGCCGAUUAUUUCAUCCAGUGCGGUCCACUGAGAGCCUCCUCUCCCGGCUUUGGAAGAGCUUUAAUUAGCCAUGUUAAUAUCCCCUUCAUUGGCCUUAAUAUCACUCAACACCUUCCUCCAUCUCAGCGGCCACCAGGGUCCCCCUGUCCUGUCAGAACAGCUGAUUAUUGAGAAGGAUAGCUUUAAUCAAACCUAAUUGCAGUUCAUUCUUUCUCUCUAUCCCCCUUUGCCCUCCAUUGCCAACAUCUAAUGGCAGCGACGACUUGAUAUCCCAUUAAAAAACAAUUAAACAAGCUCCUUUUGUCUCCGUGCGUGCCAAAACACCAGCACAAACUUCUGUAGAUAUUUAAGAAGUAAAAGAGAGAGAGAGGGGCCUUGUCUUAAUUGCUCCCCUUUUCACCAAGGACCAAUUUGCGCUGCGCUCAUGGAGAAUCUUAACCAACUCAAAUGUAAUGGAUGCUAUAGCACUGCUUCUGCCGUGGACUAUGAAAAUUAAGCUUAUCUUUUUAGCAGAGAAAUUGUGCUUAAUUGCCUUCAUAACAGUAAACAUAAAGGAGCUACUUUAUGAUAGCGUGGGCACUCCAUUCCUUGUGUUUAUUGUUUCUUAACUUUUGCUUUUCCCGCAGUAGAAACAGUAUGUAAAAGCAUUAAAGUAUCCAAGAAAAGAGACAGGGCUAACUCUGGAAGUAAUGUGUUUCUUUUAUGAAGUCAACGCAUUGCCUAGGAAAUGUAUUCUAUCUCUUUCUCUGACAUAAAUUGUCGACCAACGGGGGAUGCGUGCUCACGCACACGCGUACGCGCGGGCGAAGAGUGUGUAGAGUUGCACGCACGCACGUACUGCAAACACACACUGGCUUUACCCAAUCUGUAUGAGAGGCGACAGACAAAUAAAAGUCGUAUUUCAGGUCUGCUUUCCGCAGAUGUCUGCUGCUCUACAUUAUGACUCUUUGGGGAAAUAAAAACAGGGUCAGGGAAUUAGAGUACAUAAUGGUCAUUUUGAUGAUCAGCCAACAGAUGCAACCCGAAAAACACAGUGAACACAAUCAAGCGAAAUGCACUAAUGACAAGUCAGGUUUUUUAUGGCCUCGCCACACACCGACAGGCAAUCAGCAUUCUGGCAUGGGUUAAAACGUCUUUUAUUGAUGUCCAAGCCAAAGCUCCUUGGAUGUGGAGUGAAAAUAUUUUCUCACCUCUCCUCUCCCUCCUGGGCCCUCGAUAGAGCACAAGGUACAGGAGUCUAUCGAAGAACGCUUCUAAAUGACCAGUGCAUGUGUUAAUGUGGCCAGGGUUAGAAGGGUCAUUUCAGACUCUGAUUUAUGGCCUGGCCGGGAUCCCACUGGGCGAGCGAGAAGUCUUAAGUGUUGUGAAAGCGUCCUCGCAGGCCACACAAGCCACCGUAUUUAGCUGAAUGAAAUGGUCGUGCAAUCUAUGGUGCAAUCUAUGGUAAUCCGAUGAGCCGCCGCGAUCCUGUGAGCGGAGGUAGUAUUACAAUGGAAACCACAGUAUUGCAUAUAGUAAUGCCAGCGCGAUGUGAUGAAAAAUAAAUAUCUCGGCAAAGUAUUUAUAAUGAGUCGGAGAAAGCAAAAGGCGCAAUCAGUCAUGAUUCUGUGGGGAGAAUUUGCAAAAACAACAAGUCAAUUUCAUUGUUUAUUCUGUGUGGUUGUGUUACGUUUUACACAAUAGGCAACAUCUGAUACACUUUUUCUUCUUGGCCUUGUUGUUAAUCUUCCUCCUUUCUAGAUCUUGCGUGUCUCAUGAUGUUCAGCUCUCAAAAACGCAGCUUUGUCAAUAAAUUUCUGUGAGAUUCUUCAGAGGAAAAAAGCAGGAGGCUCGCAAACUAACCAAGCCCAGAUCUCACUCAGACGUGACAUUUGUUCAGAGACGAUUAGCCAGGUUGUAAUUUGUGGCAUAAUUGCCUCACCCACCCACAAGUGCAUGGGUGUGUGUAUGCGUUAUGCUUGUGUGUGUCUGUGUCAGUGUGUGUGUGUGUGUGUGUGUGGCAUACGGUGGUCCCAGGAGUGUCCGCCUAAUUGCCUGACAGGACUAUAAGUUUUGUGGCGCGCUCUCACCUUGUUAGGUCCUUUAUCCCUGAUGCUCUUCAAACAAGACCUGGUCACAGGUGGGCCUCAUUUGCUUCCCUAUUGAACAGGAGAACUUUAAUUGCACAGGGGGUGUCCUGGGAUUAAAGAGGUGGGUGGAAUAUCAAGUGACUUCCUGUAUGUUAGUGGCAGAUGGGUGUUGGGAAAGACCCGUGAACUCAGGUGAGCGGAGGAGACGACAAAGAGACUGAUGCUCUUGAUUUAAAGGGAGUGAUGAUGAACACUCCAAACAGAGAUAACACAACGCCACGCUUGUUUCCGACUCGCUUGAUGAUGAAUGGAUCGGAUGUUGGAGUGUUUGAUACUCCCGCUUAAACAAUCCACAACUUUAUCAUUUAGCUUCAAAGACGUAACUCAUCCCUUUUUUUUUCUCCUCUGUUUUGUCCUCUCUUUCAGAUUCUUCCUAAAGUUCUUUCUCAAGUGCAAUCAGAACUGUCUGAAGAAUGCAGGGAAUCCACGAGACAUGCGCAGAUUCCAGGUGACUGAAAAUCUUUUUUACACAUAUGCUCUAUCUAUUUCUGUCUCACACUGUCUCGCUCUCCUUUUUGCAGACGCACACACUCACAGGUGUUGCAAAAGCACAGCUACGCCGCACCGAGUCACGUCGACAGACUCUCACAUAUGAAUACAAUUCUAUUAUUGGCACUGAAGGAGGCAAAAACCAGGGAAAAAAGAGAGAGAGAGAAAGUGAGGGGAUUUUGUGUCCUGUGCGCCCUGGACAGAAUAUUUAUUAGGGAAUACCAUCUGACACAAAUAAGGAUAGAGGAUUUAAGAGUGCCAUCAAUUGUGUUCCUGACAGCUUUCUGAGCCUCAGCGCAGAGGGGAGGACGAUCCAACCACAUGUAACAACAGUGUUAACUCAGGAUCUGUCUGGCAGCGGAAACGCAUACUUUCUUAUACACGCAUAUGCGCAGGCACACACACACACGCACACGUUUGGAUGCAUGCCUAUAAAUGCUAGGAGUGCAUAUAUUUGCUUUCUCUACAUCCCUCUCCUGUUCUUACCCACAUAUGCAUACACUUAAACUCACACAUAUGCAGCUCUCUCUGUUUGGCCAAUGAAAACCAUCUUAAGCCAUCUGAAAACCAUCAUUACUGCGGGCUGACAAAACGCUGCGAUUUACACUGAAAGGACAUGACCGUCGAGCACUUUUUUACUGCAUCUUUUAACCCUCUCGCUUCUAAUGUGUCAGCUAGUUGAGACCUGAAAUUAUCGACCCCCCCCACACACAAACCCCCACCCACCUCGCUGAUCCAUUUAUCCAAGCAUCCAUCCGCUCUACCGCCAGAAGCCCACCAGGUCAAGGUGAGAGAGCGAGAGUUUAGCGUGAUUUGUCUUAUCAUGAUAGCAACAAACUGCAGGAGGGCAGCCGUCACUGACAAACCCGCUUUGUGAUAGACACACACAUGCACCAGCAUCCUGCAGGAGAGAGCCCAGACAUGAAACAGACAAGACAGGGUGUCCCCUCCUGAUGUCACCACCAUCAGACCUCCCCUGCCUCUUCAAAUCUUCCCUCAGGGUGAAUGUGGACUGAUGCAUGACAGCCGCUGAGGGCUUUCACCUCUAACUUCAGUGUGUCGAAAGAAAUGCAAGAACGAAGUUGCAGCGAAAGUAAAACGCACACAUAAAGUCUCAAACGAUGAGAUUUGGGAUAUUUUAUUGCCGGUGAUCAUCCCUCGUCUGCAGUCCAACUGUUUGCAUGCCAUUUUUUUCCCCCUAAAUAGUUUUCCCAGAUGCUCCUGCAUAGGUGUUUCUCUGGCCAAAGUUGUGUAUUCUGCAUGCCUUCCACUCCACUUAUUACCCCCAAAAACCAGCUGGAGGCCAGAGAGGGCCCAAUCCAUCAUCCUCAGCUUGGCCCAGCUCUGAACCUGCUCACAAGAAUGGAGCUCUUUCACUUCCCCUUCUCUCUCUCCCCCCUCUUCUACACCCCCCACCUUUCCCAAACCAACCGAAAAAAAAAAAAAAAAAAAGCACCCCCCUAAAUUCCACUGCUAUACCGAGGUCACUCACCGGCGAAAGCAAACCUGAGAGGGGCUCUCUGUUUCCGGCUCAGAAACACUUUGGCCCAUUCACACGCGGCUCACUGUUUGGAGAUGUGGUAGUCAAAAAAAACAACAACAAAAAUAAGCAUUAUGAAAUAUGGAGUGUGGCCUGGAAUCUGAUCCCUGGUAAAAUGUUUGCUGAGUGAUGGGAUGGAGCACGGUUCAGUUGCUAAUGACUCCAGUAAUAUUUUAAAAGGGAGGCCUUCCACCCUCAAAUAGAUGGACAAGCUGAUCAAUAAUUCUGAGCUUGGGCGAUGAUGACAGCCAGCCGAGUGGGUGAACGGAAAUGGUAUUUUAGUGAUUGAAAAGUCAAUUAGCUGUACACAUGAGCGAGAUGCUAAAAAGCAAAAACAAAAUGGCAGAGAAGCAGGGUAUCUGUAAUGUGAUAUGUCCAAAGAGAGCAACAGCUUUAGGAGCUUUGACAAUAGAAAUCAAUAGCAUGCAGACAUGUACCUGAGCACAACAGAACAACUGCACCAUUCAUGUACCUCCUGCACCUAAAAGUCAGAGUCAGUGUGUUUAAAGCUUCGUGUUUCUGUUUUAUGUCCUCUCACUGCUUUUUAAAUCAAAUUUUAUGUUUUACUUCCUAUUGCAGGUUGUCGUAUCGACGACCGUCAACGUGGACGGCCAUGUCUUGGCUGUCUCCGACAACAUGUUCGUACACAACAAUUCCAAGCAUGGGCGAAGGGCUCGCAGACUCGACCCUUCAGAAGGUACGCCUCCUUAUCUGGAGAAUGGUAGGCACAUUUUUACAUCUUAUGAUUUGCUACAGUCUUUUUUUUUUUCUCCUCCUCUUAGUUCCUUCCAGACAUCCUCCCAUUUUUUUUUUUUUUUACAACCACACACCUAGUUGCUUGUAGAAAUCUUUAGUUACUCCGCCACUUUCAUUUAAACUUUAGUUGCUUUUUGCCUCACUCAUACCUGUUGUUCCUUUGACUGGAAAUAGUAUGCAUCAGCUUCAGUCUCGCAAGAAGGAUGAUUUACACUCAGACUGAGCUGCCAUUUUUUUUUAUAUGUUAUACUACUUCCAGUCUCCUAAUGCACCUACAUUUGUCCUAAAAGCCGAUGUGAAACAUGAUCAAAUUGCCGAAGAAUUUGGCUGUGAGGUCAAUUUCCUGUCAUUGGGUUCUGCAGAUUUAGCUGUGAGAGAGCUGAAACAGGGAGAGGAAGGAGAGAGAGAAAAAAGGGGGGUAGGGAAGGGUGGGUUGAUGGUGUGUGUGUGUGUGUGUGUGUGUGAGUGCGGAGAGGGGUGGGGGGCGGCCUAUGAGAAAAACAGAACUUACUGUUUUUCUUCCAACUGAUUCCAUAUGAUAGACUGAUUGCCUGCUCAGCCAAAAAGAGAGAAAAGAAGGACCACCAAACCAUGGGAAAUUUCAAAAAGUAAAACGCACUAAACAUAACCUCCUGACCUGUGUGGCCUCCGCUGGCAGAUGGGAGCACACACAGCUGAAAGAUUGUAAGGGGGGAAAAAAACAGAACAGACCUGACUUGGGCCAAUUGUGCAAAUUGCUUAUCUUAAGAUUUCAAGAGCCAAUUACGGCUGGGCAAACAGUUUAUAUACACCACUGACUAAAACAAGCUUCUCUACACAUUAAUGGGCAUUAAUGGUUCUAUCACCAAAAGCAAAUGUAAUGUUUAAUACAACAACGACUAAUAAAAAAAAGACUAGACAAUUAAUAUAUCUCUGUGCUCUCCGGUCCUGGUGGGGGAAAAAGCUAAUCUAUUUGUUUUUGUCUUUAUUAAUGACUCCUCUACUGGAGAACAAAAUCAAAUAAUUAAAGUCCUGCCCGGAGCACCAAAGUCAUUAUGUUCGCUGACGUUCUGUUUGUGUGUUUCACGUUUAUGACACGAUAGGUGUGGAUCGCCUAGCAACCAGUUUCUUAAUGAGGGGAGCAAUUAAAGAGGUUGAGCCCUCGCCUCCAUGUUCCCCAGCUCCCUUGGGACCCUCUGUGUUGUGUGUGUUGUGUGUGUACAUACAUAUAUAUGUAUGUGUGUGUGUGUGUGUGUGUGUACGUGUGUUCUUCACAGGUUGCCCCAACCCAUCCUUUUCUUCCUCUCUUCACCACACUCUUCAAAGCAGCAGAGUGACGCCCCGUAAAACACGAGAAAGAAGCUAUUGUCAACCGCCCAGUUGAACAUGUCUUUGUCUAAUAACUUUAAUACACCUUCUCUCUGCUUAACCGCAUGUGCUCACACAGAAGUUGAGAUCUAUUUUUUUACCCCCCUCCCCUCCUUCCCUCGCAGGCUCAGCUCCAUAACAAACUAAUUUAACAUGCAUCAACAGCGAUCGCUCGCUUUGUUUGAGUCACCUUUAACAAACAGAGAUGUGACACGUAAGAAAAAGGAAAAGCAGGUCGUAAAAUGUAAUUCAAGCCAUGUCCUCCAUCGUGCUUUGACAACUAGCAGGCAGACAGACAGCGUGCUUUAAAUUAGCAACACAUUCUUCUUCUUCUGGAGUUCACUGGGUGAGAAGCCUCAGAUAUGUGACUGAAACAGAGAGCCAUCCUUCUGCACUUGCACCGCUUGCCUCGCAUUGAUCAAGAGGUGCUGCCCCCUAUUGGCGCAGACAGGGGAUAGCCCGUGGAUGACAGGCUGAAUCUCACCAUGUGACAUUUUUGUUCUUGUGUGUACUGUCACACAACAAGCAUAUUAUGCAUUCAGACACGAACGUGCUUUGUGGCUGCCUGUCAGUCAAACAUGUAUAGAUUCAGGCUCAAAGGUGCAUAAACAUGCUCACAAAUAGCCCUGUCUUUCACACACACACACACACAGCAGCAUCACCCCCCACACAUCCAGACACACGGAAACUGCACAGAACCAACACACACACACGUUCCUCAGCUCAGUUCCACCAUUAUAGAGCCCCAGACAAUAUAGGAGACUCAGCAUAGAGCCUGCAGCGCCUGCCUCAUUUGCAUGCCAAGUGGCUGUAAUGCUGUUAGGGUUUAUGCAAUAAAGACAAGUGAAUCCAGACUGCUGGGCCUAAGAGGAAGAAAAAGGGAGAAAAAGAAGGAAAGGGGGGAGGAAAGGAGAGGAGGAAAGGAGAGAGUACGGCAGAGAGAGGUUAAGAGUGAGCGAGAGGCAGAGGAGAGAGAGAGAGAGAGAGAGAAAGCAAGAGAGGGAGAGUCAAAGGGAACAGAUGGCCCAGGGAGAGGUAAAAGGUAUAAUCCCAUCAGCUGCACUAUCAACCGACCAUCUGGACAUCCCACAGCACAAUUACAACACAUUUCAGCAGGCAGAACAAAGGACGGCUUCGCGGGGCCACAUCAGACCUGUUUGAGUGUCACAAUACUAGAGCUGGGACCUCCUCUGCUCAGAUCUCGGAUCAGUUUUGACGUCGUCUUCGACUCACCCUAAGCAGAGAGGAAAAAGAUUAGCGUGGAUCACAGAUCAGCUGCGUGGAGGUCAUUUCGCAGCGAAAAAGGAUCUCGAAAUAAACUCAAGCACACAAACUAAAGAGAAAAGGCGCGAAACGAAAAACCAAAACAAGCCUUGACGUAUUCGAAUUUAAAUGAAAUAUCCUCCUCUGUUGUGGCCAAAGUUUGCGAAAACUUAGUGUUGCAACACUCAGAGCGUCAGGCCGGCUCUUUGCAUCCUCAUCCAUCCACUCCUCAUGAUGCCGAUCAUCUGCUGAGGGGGCAUUGUGCGUGUCUGUCAUCAGAUCGCCUGUGCUGACUGUGUAAUCCACUUCGCCACGGUCCCCAUUCAGCACAUGCUCCCCUCUCUGUCUGUGCAUUGAGACAUAUGCAAAUUUUUUAGGCAGAAGGGUGGACGGCUUAGGGCCUCAGUCGCUGCCUCUCCAUGGGUCCUACUGCGCGUGGGAGGGGGCGCUGGGAUUUCCGAGGUGGUGCGCGAGAUUGUGUGUGUGUGUUUGUGCAUGCCUGUCGUAGGUUUCAGGCUGCAGCUGCCCCCCAACAGUCGCCGUCACCAUCAGGCCCUCUUCUCUCGCCUCCUCCGCCUCCUCCUUCCUCUCCCCUCCACCUCCUCCUCUCUCUCAUCCCCAAAGUCAAUUUGUUUACAGUAAUUUUGAAGGGUGAAUUAUUUGCUGUAAUCGUCCGCACUGAUGAAGGUCAGGCCCUUAGAGGGGGCCCAGCAUGCCCAUGGAGGGUUGGUCCUCUUUCAGACGCUCCGCUUCGCAAUUAAGGAAAGCAAAUGUCACUCCUCCAGGCCUCACAAAUGAAAAUCUGUACGAGGUGAUUAGCAUGAAGUCAACAGCGCCUGUUAAAGUCAGAUUCCCUGUAGUACCACUGUGUGUGUGUGUGCACUUUAUGGGCAGCGAGAGAGAGCAAACAUGACCUGAACAGACCCAACAGCAAAGCAAACAAAGGGAGAUGUCUUGUCUGAGGUGAUCCAUACAACAAUGGCUGCCUGUGAUUUACUUACUGGAUAGGGAGGAUAAUAGAGGUGCAGAAGUGAGCUUGUAGAGGAAAAAGGGAACUUGCUGAAAUAGUUGCACACAUUUUGAGGAAUAGGAAAAAAACAUGCAGAAUUCAUAGUGUAUUAAAAGAUAUUGAUGGAAAUAGAUUAAAUUUGAUAUUGCUACUUUAUGGCUGCCUGUCAUGCUAUUUCUGUUGUAAACACAGUGUUGUGCUGAAAACCAUAUUAAGGUAAUGCAUCAAAUGACAGUGGAUGUGAGGCACCAGAUCACUCAAAUUAGAUUAUAAUAACAACCCGGACUGUUGAUGAAUGGCAGAGCGACGUCGCAGAAGUCAUGCCAGAUGAAAAGCAUUGUAAUAAACAAUAUGAAAUGGAUUGAAUCGAUCACAAAAAGAAAGAAAAAACACAAUCUGAAUAAUUCAUGAGUGCAUUUGGCGUUAUGAAACCUGAUACUGCUCUCAGUGUGGCUGCACUGUACUGCAUAUGCAGAACAAAGGUAAUGAAAUAACAUGAACCAGCAAAGCUUUAGCUUGUCAUUUCCACUUUAACAGCCUGUAUUCUUGACUCAUUUAAGAUGUGUUCAACUUUGAAAUUUUACUGUACAUGCCGGCUGCAUGCUUAAUCAAUUCUGAUAGCUACAUUUGCCCUGACACAUAAUUUGCUCCAUCAAAUCAUUUUCCUGGCGAGCCCAGCGUUUAGCCUUUGUGAAGUGGACCAUUUGAAGGGUCUGCUUAACUACACCACUCCAGCGCGCUGAUAAAUGAUUUUGAUUCUCAUGCCUUAAAGGACAAAUCCAUCAUUUUUUUUUUCCAGGGGGCAAUUUCCAUGAUAUGUCUUUGUGUGUGUGUGUGUGAGAGAGAGAGAGAAAGAGAGAGAGACAUGCAGGGCUGAACAUAGUGGAGGUGAUGCAGCGAAGUGUCUGUGUGGAAAAGAGACAUGGGCCCGAGUGUCGAAGCUUUGGUGCUGAAUUUGCUCUUCUCUUUGUCUUGGAUAAGCAGCCACCCCGUGCAUCAAGGCUAUCAGCCCAAGUGAGGGAUGGACCACUGGGGGAGCCACUGUCAUCAUCAUAGGGGAUAACUUCUUUGAUGGCCUACAAGUGGUGUUCGGCACCAUGCUCGUAUGGAGUGAGGUAUGUAUGGUGGGGAUUUUAUAGAUUUCACUAAGAUUACAAACUGAAAUUGUUUGAUGAUGUUUCAGUCGUGUUUUGUUCUCAGAGUCUGUUUUAACACUUAAACUGAGUAUUUACUGCGACUGAAUACCCCUCAGUGCAAUAAGGGAUGCUGGUAAUGUUAGUGGAAAAACACUGUUUGCUUAAACUUUUCUAACUUAAAAAACAACUCUCUGCUUGCACUGAGUUAUUGUUAUAAUUUUUUAUUAUAAUCACAUGAUAAUUUACAAUUUUGACAGUUUUGACAGUUUUGAACACACCCUGAUAUCUGAUAUCACAUUCGGGCCAAUACUUAUACUGACACCAGUCCAAACACAGAAACUGAUAAAAUAUUAAGAUAAAGAAAAAGUAUUGAUACCAUGAAUUUUAUUGGUUUUCCAGUAUUGGUAUCAGCACUGGAACACACUAAUACCAAUAUUGGAUAGUAGUCUUUGCACAUCCCAAAACCUGUACGAUAAUCCAAUAUUAGUAUCAGUAUUGGAACAUAUCGAUACCAGUAUUGGAUAGUAGUAUCAGUAUGUCCUAAAGCCUUUACCAUAAUCUAAUAUUGGUAUCAGCACUGGAACACACCAAUACCAAUAUUGGAUAGUAGAAUUUCCCUUUGGGGAUCAAUAAAGUUAUUAUUAUUAUUUGUCUUUUCAUGUCCCAAGCCUGUAUGAUAAUCCAGUAUUGGUAUCAGCGUUGGAACAUACUGAUACUGAUAUUGGAUAGUCGUAUCAGUAUGUCCUAAAGCCUUUACCAUAAUCAAAUAUUACCUUACAUACCCAUAUUAUUAUUGAAUAUUAUUGUAUGUAGUGGUAGAGAAAGCUAUAUCAGUGACUGAAUUGGUAUUGGGACUAAUCAAUACUAUGAUCCAAUAUCAGUAUCUGUUUUGGAACAUACCUAUAAUGAUAUCAGUAAUGCAUCGUACUAAUACUUUUAUCACUGUUUUAAAACUGGGACCUGUACCGACAGAUUUGUCUCAUCAUUGUGUCUAUCGUGACACUUCUAGAGUUAUCAUGACGUUAUUAACGUAUUUUCUCCACUGGUGGUAUCAGAACAUCUCUUUUUUAGUCAGUACAAUUUACUAAAAAUAAUGAAGUCAAUGGUGAGGACAUAUUUUUAAAUGUUAGUUUUUUUUUUUUCUUUCUGUUUUGCAGCUGAUUACACCCCACGCCAUCCGCGUCCAGACCCCACCUCGACACAUCCCAGGUGUUGUGGAAGUCACGCUGUCCUACAAGUCCAAACAGUUCUGCAAAGGUGCCCCUGGGAGAUUUGUCUACACUGGUGAGUCCAAACUGAACUGUCUCUCCAAUACUUCCUCUCUUUCUUCAGGCUUCUCCUCUGCCUUCCCCUCCGCAACUAUUCCCCCUCUUCUCCCUCUGUCUGGAUGUAGCCCCUAAACCCCCCAAGUCCAGGCUGUAAUAAUGAACUAACCAGCGCUCUGCUUGCUGAAUGUUAAAAAUGUGUGAGAUCUGCUCUUGCUAGCGAAAAAAGGUGUUUUGUGGAGGGGGCACCAGUAAGUGCAACUCGAUCCCCCUCUGACCUGCCAUCGUACAAGGGCGCUGCCAAGCUGUGUUAGACUCAAGCUGUCGGGAUAACUCAUUCUGCCGGUUCUCUUUAUAUCCACCCUGUUGUGAGACGGAUAAUGCUUUCUGCUAAUUUGCUGAUUUUGUCAGGCAAAAUGUGGUUUCAUUUUUUAUGAAUCAGAUUAGAAAGGCAAUAUCCAGGUUAAGUGCAUGAGCGUGUCUUAAGUUAUUCUCAUGUGUGUUUGGUAUAUGAAUUCAUACGAGAGACAAGCGGGGUGUAGUUGAGAAAGAAGGGAAGGGUGUGUGUGUGUGACACUAUAAGUAAGGGAUCUGAUUAUCUUGGCUAACAGAAGGAAGUGGUGGUCUUAUCUGUCAUCAUUGGUGAGGAGACAGAGGUUGCGGGGGUCAGAGCCUGUCUGACCUGGAAGCCUCUGUCUGUUCUAACUCUGAUGGGUAGAAUGAAACGAAGGAGGGGGGGUGUCAAAGCACUCUCACUCUCCCCCCCAAGCACCCUGAGGCCUCCAGCAGCACAGCCCUGGCCUUGAGCGCAGCAGAAUUGCAAAGUGGGCCCCCCCUCUCCACUUCCAGACCCCUCCAUCCUAGGGCAGCUGUUUCUCAUCAAACCCCCCCCUCCCCUCCUUCCUUCUUUUCUCCCUAAACCACCACCACCACCACCACCGCUACCUAACCCCCUCCCCAACAGCCAUUCGUCCCCUUCUCCUCCAACCGUGCAGUCUGGCCCGGCUCUCCUGCGUUUAACCUCCCUAGCAGGAGCGGAGCAGAGGCCAACAAGGCACCAGGAUAAUGAAACAGGAGUGUAGUGUGUGUGGCUGCGUAAAUGUGUGUGUGUCUGUUUGUUAGAGAGUGUGAGAGCGAGAGGGGAGAAAAGUGUGUGUGUGUGUAAGUACGUACAUGUGUUACUGCACAGCCCUGAGAAGGUGUAUAAGUUAAGACAUUAAUGGCUUCUAUAGCACCCUGGUGAAAGUGCCAGGUCCCUUAAGAACAGACCCCAUUAGUCACAGAGGCUAAGCGGAUUGGGAUGAUUACCAUCAGGUUUUACUGGGGAAACGUGUCCCCCUCUCUCUAUCUUUGUUGAUUUCCUCCCCCCUAUUCUUCCUCUCUGUCUUCCCUCGGUUCCUACUCACUUCCAGUUAGUAUAAAGAUACAAUUACCCCUGGAGGCAACGGUGGUACAAUUGAUUAGUGCGCUGAAUUAAAAGAGAAAGUCACCAAUAGACAGGUCCGGCUCCUCUCACUCGGCUAUUCCCCGUGUGGCUCACCCCUGAUUGUGCGAGGGGUUGACGCUCCAGAGAAUGAAACUGUUAAAGAGAGCAGAAUGCAUAACGCCAGAAUGAGGUAUCACUGACUCCAUAUGUACAGUAAUUGCCAGGUGAAAGGAUGUUAGCUACUUCUCUCAGACAUUAGAAAGUGAAUGGUGCUGAUGCAUUGAGUGCAAUAGAGUGGAUCAUGUAUUAAAGUGAGAAGCGGCUCGUUUCAAACCGUAGCUCUCUCUCUUUCCCGUGUUACAGCACUUGAAAAAAAAUUGCACAACACGAGGAAAUAGGUUUGAAAUGAUCCGGAGUUACAAUAGCGAUUACACACACGCUGAGACGAGGCCGCGCGGUGACACAGACGUGGAAUAUUCCGGUGUCAUAUCGGAGAGCAACAUGUGCAUAUCAAAGGUCUGGUUAUCAAAGCGAACAGCUUCAAGCGUGACUUGAGAGGAGGAGUGCCUUUUUAAGACUUUUUCAUGUUGACUCUUCUUGCACCGCCACCCUAAUUGUGGAGAUUUAACUCGCUCAAUUUAAGAAAUUAUCACAAAUUACCAAGAGUCAACACAGAGGAGACUGCAGCCAAGUCGAACAGCGGAGGGGACACGUCCUCACUCGGGUUAGUACCCUGGAACUGCUCCAAAACUCACAAUCCAUUCUCAGAGAGAAAGAGAGAGAGCACCCUGUAGUAGAUGUCAAAUAAUCCUGUUGGCAUUGACUAUUGAAUGUUUAAAACACUAAUGAGACAAACAGACAUACUAUAUAAAACUUUAGUGGGCUAUAUUUACUGACUGCCUCAAGGAGCUUAUAUCUGUGUUUUAAUUGGCACAUUUUUAAAGGACUGACAUGCCGCAUAUUUCUACUUCUUACAGUCUAUACCUUUUUUCCCCUCGAACAAAAUGUUGUCCCUUGGAGCUGGCCAGCUUGUCCUCUGUCUAAUCCAUGUAUCGGUUAUCCAUUGGUCCGACUGUCAGCAAGGUUGUAGAAAAUCAAAAGGAGAAAGUCCAGGCUGUACCUGAGGUCAAUACUUUAUUAUACUUUCCUCUUUAUUAACCAGUGCAAAGAGUCCAGCGGUUAAUCGGAUAUUCCACUUACAGAAAAAUCUCAAUUUUCAGCCUCAUUUGCAGCACCUUAACCUUUUUUACUGUGUGGUUCCAGCACUGUAUGAAAGAGUAAAUCAUAAAUAAAAACUUUGAGCGUACAAUUUAUCCAAUUUAAGCUCCUAAUUGCAUCAGAGCUUUUGCUUUUCUAUCUUGGCCAAGUUUCCACGAGAGCUCCCCUCCAGGGGCAGCCAUGCAGGCCCUUGGUAAUAUGGUUCUGCAAGCAGUCCUAACACACUCAGCCACUAUUUAUCCUAAUCAGUGACAUCCACAUAACCAGGAUUGCUUAAAAUGAACCCCUUCCGCGCCCCAGAAAACGCACAUUUACCGGGACCCCAUUUGUCAUGGGUAAAUUGAGGGUCAGUAAACUUCGCCUGUAUCCUCCAGUGGGGAUCCAGGACAUGCAUCAUAACGUUAGGAGAGAAUGAUUGGCGAAGGCGAGCUGUCACACAUUUGUCAGGGGGAAGGGAACAUUAUUUGCUAAUUUCCCAAGCUGGGCACUGACAGGGUGCUUCGUCUUCAGACCUUUGGUGACCGGCAUGGCUUCACAGCUAUUAGUACAAGUCAAGUGUUUUUUUUUUUCUUUUUUUUCUCCUGCACUGUAAAGCGGCAGUAAUAAGAGCCAUCCGUUCGACCUCACAAGAUCGCAGCACACUGGGUGAAGGAUUUUGGACAGAGUGGAUGCCCCAUACAGUGAAGCUGCUCUUGCCAGGCUUUAGCUGAGGGCCAGACAGCCUUGAGGGCUGAUGGAUCACAAACUUUCCUCGUCAAGGUGACGCUAUCGACUCCACUGCACCAAAAUCUGACAAAAUGGGUAUGAGGCAGUCAUUCAUCAACAUAAGGACAAAGGGGUCAUGUGUGCUUCACUCAAUACUGGUGGAGAUCAAGAAAUGUCAGGCCUGUAAGGGAUGGAAAAGGAAGAUGUUCAUGGUGCAGAGGGAAGGUCUUUUUUCAGUUCAGCCUAUUUCUUACUGCGAGAUUCUAAAACAUAUGAUUUCUAAGUUUUUACACGCCUUCAGGAAAGUUGCUAAAUUGACCAGCGUCCUUUUUGUACAGCGAAUCAAAGGUGUAAAUACUAAAAUCCAAAAUUAAACUCACUUCCGUUCCACUCCUAGAAAGAGGGACAAAAUGCCAUGCAGUCUUGGACCCUCCUCUUCUUAGAAAAAAAUUUAAACAAACAAACAGAGACGUCUUUAUCGGACCACAUCAGACCGGACCCUGCGCUGCUCAGCCUGUGAAUCGGGCCCAUCCUGACGUCUCCUCUCCGCCCUGCCGUCACUUUGAAGUCCCAGACUCAGAAGUUGAUCAGAUGGAGCGCUUCCUUUUCAUUUCCUGUCCUGCAGGGUUGGGUUUGGUAUUCGGUUGGUCAGCGAUGGGGUGUGGCCUACAGCAAAGAUAUGCUAUAAUCAAAGGCAUUCAGGGAGGUAUGUAAACAGAUUGGAGCCUUGCAAACAAGGUUGUAGCGCUUUAAAAUUUUUAACAAAUUUGGAAUUUUUAUUCAGUUUGACUCUUUCAAUUUUUCCAAAUAUUGAAGUUUACUUUGAUAAGUUUUCAGUCCUGUUAAGUGAGUUUGGACGGACUCUUAUUUUUUAAAUACUUAGUUUAAGUUUAGUCGUUUUAACUUCAGAUCAAUUUUGUAUUUUUAUUUUGAAAGUGAGAUUACCUGUCAGAGCUUAGACCUAAAUGGCCCCUCGAAAAAGUAACCAUUAAAAAAUCAUUAAUACAUAAAAAUAAACUUUUUACACAAAAGAACAACACAAACCCUUUCAGGUAAAAGGGAUUUGUGUGCUUGUAUCAUUAAAAAAGUUGGUGACACUUUGACGCCUUUCUCUAUUUUGCAUUAUAAAUAUAUGUAUAAUGCAUUAUAAUCACAUUAUAUCGCUGUAUAACUAUAGUUAUAAACACUCAUAAAUGAUUAUAAUGCUUUAUAGCAAUAAUAAUAACACAUUAUAAAGAAUUUUAUUAUGACUUACAAGGUCAAAUAAAGUGUUACCGAAAAGUUCAACAGUACACAACAAAAUGCAUUCUUUCUAUAACUUAUUUAAUGUUAGUUUUGUGUACAAAAUACAAUACUUCUGUAAGGUCUCAUUUUAACUUUUAGUUAUUGAAAAUAUUUUUUUGACUUUUUGUUUUUUGUUAGUUUGUUAAUUUUCACUGACCUUUAUAACUGCUCAUGAAAAAUCAAAUAAUUUAGAAUACUAACUUUAAAGUCCAAACAUAGUGACAGUUCUUAAUUUUUCUGCUGAUUUAAAAGAAAAAGAAUCACUCUGAAGUUAAGUGCCGCCGCAAGUUAGGAUGAAUCAGGCAUUUAUAAAUGUCAUCGCCACAGUCAAGUGGGCCGUAACCAGUUGGCACAACAGUUUUAGCAUGUGUCAAAGCGUGUUAUCCACUCGCCAUAUCCCCGUACCUGCCUGUCUCAUUACAACCCUGGUAUUUAGCACUAGCUCGGCAGGAAACGGAGCCGACACUGGUUGCCAAGUUAGACGGGGCCUCGGUUUGAAGGCCUUGUGAGCUUUAUGCGGAGCGCGACAAGGUUCCAUGGAGGAAGGUCCUUGUGUCCAAUUAGAGGGCUGACGUGACACGUGCUCGCACUCCCCCACUGUCAGGCAGCUUGUCAGGUAGGCUUUGAGAGGCACACUGUGGCAUUAUUCCACAGCGUGUUAUCAGCAAGUGACCUGUGAAAUCCAGCUCCGGGAAAUUGAUUGAAAUGAGUACUUGCAGUUGAGCAUGUAUUUUCCCCCCAUUACAUCUCUCUGUGAAAUGCAUUAUGGGUAUCUUUCAAGAGAAAAAUGAAAGUAUGGGUGUGUUUUUUUCCCUCCCUGUAAGGAUGGUAUUCAUUGAUUUAAUUUUAAUUGGACCCACUUUUUGUCCCACAGUAUCGUUAGAGGUCUGUUUUGUAAUGGCUCUUAAAAUGGAUUGUCCUCACUAAGUCACAGCAUCAGUCCUCUGCCACAGGAAAGAUAGACGGAGGGAGGCAGGGAGAGGGGGCCCUUGAUAGACGAGGAUCUCUCCCUCCUCCUCCUCCUCCUCCUUCUCUUUUUUUCUGCCUCCUCUUCUUGCCCCAUUUUCAGUAUGAUCCACACCCAACGGGCUUUAAAAGAGCUCCACCCGCCCUCCCUCCUCCUCCUCCUCCUCCUUCUCCUUCACUGCUGCAUUUUGAUUGAAAUUCAUCGGCAAGUUUAUUGAGAAAUGAAUGAGGGAGGCAGCGCGGUAUUGACUUUGAGAGGAAAACACAACUCAUCUUGAAUGAGGGGGAAAACGCGGCCGUAAUUUAGCCGUCAUCGAUCUGUGCCCCGUCCAUGUAUUGAUCUUCAUUUUACAAUAUUAAUUUGCGCUUGCAAUCAGCUGUGAAGGGAACCCAUUUGAUUUCUGUUGGCCGGUAAUGUGUGAAAGUCCGCCGGCGUCCUUAGAGAAGUGGCACACAUACUUUAGAUGUCAUCUAAGAGGAUUGAACAGGUGUCUGUGGCCCUUUCUAAUAAUACGGCCGAUAUGAAGGCAAUCUGAAAUUAUGGAUGUGCAAUCUGUAACAUUGCUCCCUUUUAACCGUGUUAAUUACAUUUUAUCUGUUGCAGGAGCAAUAUCUGCUGGAGACUGUAACUGUCGAGGCUUUUUUUUUCAUCUGUAUUGGCUCAAAGUUCAUGAAAUUUCAAUGAACAUUGAUCUGUCUCCAUUGAUUUAUCCUAACUGCAGAUCUUUGAAAUUUUAAUUUCCUGUUCAUCUUGAGACUGCUGGAGAUGGAAUCACUCAGUGAUAACUGGCUACAGUGGAUGGAGAUGAUAUGGUCAGUGUUAAAACAGAUGAGGUUUGCUUUGCGUGGGUUUGCUGUGAAAAUUCCAAUUUGGCUUGGUUUGUUGUUUUUUUUUUAAGAUGAUCUCCACAUCUGCAUGAGUGUUUUCUUCUCUCUCUGAAACAUACUUCUUCUUCGGAGCCGGAGCAUGACUUCUUCAAAUCUUAAACCUUUUGUCUGCACAGUUCUCUUUUAACUCCUCGAGAAGAUCUUCAGUCUUCCUCCGGUAUAGAGCCAGCGAGACGAGGUCAUUACGUGUUUAGAAGCUGUUCUGAACUGCAUCCAUCUAACAGACUCCAGGUGCCUUGAAGGCUUCAGUUUGACAAGUCACAAAUGCAAUAACACUUGAAUGAACUUCUGCCUGUGCUGUUUAUCUGUCUCCCCCUUUUUCCAACUCCCACUCCACCUCUAAUUUGUGUUAAGGGGAAAGAAAAAAAUAACUGCUCAAUGGUGUAGGAGGAGUGGAGAUAAGCUCGAAGCAGUUAAGUAUAAUUAGCGAAAGUAAUAGCUGGCAAAUGGCAACAAGGCUAGGUUUUUAUCUCCUGGAAAGAUAGAGUUAUCGUAAUAAGCUGUAAUGGCUGGCAGGAAUGCUAGUACUCUGAGCGAGCUUCCAUUCAGACUCACGGACUUAACAAGGAACAAUUUCCCUUAAAUUUACUGCUUUGCUCAAACAUUUCCCCAUGUUUAUACUCCCAUACUGUAAGUCAAUACAUGUGUUCAAUUCACUCCCAUAUAGACCGAGGGCACACCGGGCUGUAUUGCCAUGUAAGCACUUCUGGCUGCCAACGUCGGCCAUGUUACACUGUUCCUGUAGAGCGUUUACUCGUGUCCUAUUUCCAGAGAACAUGGAGAAGGAGCAGCAGACCACACUCAGAUGCCAUGUAACACGCCAUCCACUCUACAUUUUAAGUGAAGUGGCCAGCCAAGGCGACUUAAGGAGCUCUCGGGGAAAAAAAGAAAGUGUCUGUAGCAUGAAAGGACGAGGCAGAUUAAGGCGUCAGAUCAAAAUGAGAUCGGGGAAGUGCACAUUCCAGGCAGAGGAAUUUCCACUGAAGGCCUGCCACGGACGCUCGUGCGCAUGCGCCAUAUUCAAAAUUGGAAAUGAUAUGGUCACAGCUGCACACCGAGUCAUGCAUUCCAUUUGUUCAUAUUCUGAAACAUGAUCAUUCGGUCUCUAGAGUGAGAGAAAAAAUUACUGAAUAUUUGUCAAAACUCCACAAGGAAAGGAGGGAUGAAAUCUGUUCUCUGAGUCGGAUAUGGCAACAGUCCUUUUAGAUAUCAGCUGUUAAAUUUGAUAUUCGCUUCAGUUAAAUUUGAAUCAUUUUCUAGAUGAAACCAUGGCAACAAAUCUGUAAACAAUCCUAUUUCUCAGUGUGUGUAACAGAAGCGAGGCAAAGAUAUAAGCGUCGUAAUUGAACAAAACGUGCUGCUUGUCUAAACCUGAGCAGAAAAUGAGAGAAAAUGAAAAUUCUAUUAGUCCAUAAUGUUCCCCUGCCCUCCUCCCCUCUCCAUGUGCUCUUCAUCUCUCCUGCAAAGUAUUCAAAUGCAAGCCCUGCCUUACCUCCCCGUGUCUCUUUUUCUCUAAUUAUCCAUGAGGUCAGUAAGCAAAAUGGGGAAGAAGCCAGGAGAUCAAUACAAAUUAUCCCUGAGCAAACCAGUGCUGACAGUUUGAAUUGCAGCAUAUGUUUACCCAAAAUCAGGCAAUUUAUCUUAAUAUCAGGCGAGUAAUGCAGCAGGGGUGAGAGGUCACACAAUCUCUCCACCUCAUAAUUACCCGCCUCUAAAACAGGAAAGUGGUAUUGAUUGGCCGCGAGCCGGGAAGCGGGCGUGACUGGAACGUGCCAGCGACCCCCCCACCCCCCUUCCCCACGCCGUCCACACCACACACACACACACACCAACCCCUAUCAUACCUCCUCCCCACCUUCCUCGGGUCCCUCCUUCCCCCAGCUAGACUCCCCACCCUGAGCAGGAUUUAUGGGAUGUGUGCGGAGGGUUUCAUGUUUCCUUGCAGAAUCCGCACAGAAGGGGGGGGGGUUAAAGAUAGGAGGGUGGGGGGGCCACGCUCCAUCCACACCCUGACCCCUCCCUCUAUCUCACUUUCCCCAUAUUAUGUUGGAGGCAAGAGGAGGGCCAAACUAAUUCUGGCAUGCAUGGAGUCAUGCAAGGGCACCGCCGAUUUGCCUGUUAUAUCUUCAGCUGAGAGUAAAGUUUAUGACAGAGUGUGAAGUUGGAACAUAAUGAUGUGCAAAGGAUUAAAAGAGACAGAAGAGGUGGUGGGAGUAAAAGAAAGGGGGCAAGGCUGCUGUCAAUGUGUGUGGUGUAAGAAAAAGUAUGGAGAGCAGCUCCAAUGACUCUUGUAAAAGCGCCGCAGAUGAAAGGAAAUCUUUGCUGCGGAGAAAAAAUGUGCAGAGCAACACGAUGAACACACACAUAACACAUUUAUUGUCCAGAUUGAAUAUAAGUGCUCAGUAUAUAUCAUCAGCAGCUCUUACAGGAUUAUUGACAUUGUCUGUGUCUGUCUGCACCCAGUGUACAUGCUACGACUACAAAACUGUCAACUCAUCAACUGACAGCACCGUUUAGCGCUAAUGCAAGUCUCCAUCAGCUGUCAAAAGCAUUUGCAUGAAAUCAAUAGCAGAUGGCGGUCUGUGUCACCAAUUUCAUUACGCCGGGGUUGUUACAAAGAUCAUCUCCAUGAUAGAUGAGAUGGCGACAUGUCGACACGCGGAGAUCAUGCCUGGCGCUUGGACCGCUGCUGCCGCACGACACUGAGCCAUGUGUUAAUACUAAACCGAGAGGACUGAAAACGGAAGUUUGGAUCAGCCUGACAAGUUAAAAAUUCUCCUUUUAAUACUUCUCCUUUGAAGAGUAGGGGAUAUCCUCACCUCUAAAUCACGUGCAACAUAUUUCUUAGGUGUGCAUUUGCAGCGGGGCAUCAUUAUCAUUGGGAAACCACAUCAAACAGAACACCUCUCCCAACCUAAGGUCUCGUCCUGUACUGUACGUCUCUCUCCGGCUGUGUUCCCAGCAUGCCUGGCGGGUUGUGCAGGCCCCAGCUGAGGCAGAGGACAGGAGAGCGUGAUGUAUCACCCUGAGAGAGCCCACUGACAGCCUCUGAUGAUGGAUGGCCUGAUUAUGGAGUGCUUUUUACACAUACACAAUUUACAUCACACUGAGCAGCGGGGUCUGGCAGGGCUGCCGUGCACACACACUCCUUCACAGCCGGGCACGUGCACUCUCACACACACACAUAGUAUCAUAUAUGCAUGCUCCUGUGUGUGCACAUGUACACAUGUAUGGGACUGCCAGAGUGCAUAGAUAAGAAAGGGGGUGGAAAUAACAAAAGAAAAGGGGCAAAUUCCUCACUAUAGCCUUGUCAUGUACGAUCAAUACGGCAGAUCAAUCCUUUAUUAUGGAGACGAUGGUGUUCCCCUACAUGGCCAAGCAGACCUUUGUCGUAUGGGGGACGCAUGAUGACAUGUCAAAUCAGAUUUCCAGCAGUGUAUGUUUGUAUGGCGGGAGGUUUAUUCAGGUGUGCCCAUUGCCACAGGAUUUGCAAGCUAGAUCCUUGCUAUCGAUUAGCACCCUGCAUUGUCCAUGCUUGAACACAUAAUUGCUCCAUCGGCUCACGCUCGAGCUGGCAAUUACUGUACUCAGGUUUUGGCAGAAGUGGUGCAUGUGUCAGUACAUGGCUGCUGUGUGUAUGCGUGAAUAGGUACAGUACGCAAGUGUGUGUGUGAGAGAGCAAGAAGGGGAGAGAGCGCAUGCUUGCAUGUGUAUCAAAGAUGAGAGAGAACAAAAGAAAAGAAACAUAAAUGUUCGUUUUCCUGCCGUGACUACAAGGUUUGUGCUUCAGUGGGCCCGCUGCCUGCCUUUCUGUGUGUGUGUGUGUGUGUUUGUGUGUGUGUGUGCGUGUGUGUUUUCAAGGGGGGGUGACGUUCACUAGCAUUCACAUUCUGUAGUGUUCGGCAGGUUCAGCGAGCUGUGCGGUGUUAAUGCUGAAAUUACAUGCUGAGUAAUGAGUGAUGGGCCAAAUUACAGGCUGAACAAUGAAUAGAGGCAGGCAGCUCUUAUUAGUCUCCAUAGAAAGCCAUUGAUUUAUGAAGCGCCUUGCUCGCUGGAGUUACUCUCCUGAAAAUGAUAUCUACAUUGAGAAGUGAUGUUCUCUAUUAAGUCGUUCCUUCCCCCUUUACACCACUCUCCACCCUUUCUCCCUCCUCCCCUCCUCUCCCCUCCUCUCCUCUGCCCUCCCUCCCUCCCUUUUUCCUUGUCCUGCCUGUGAGUGUACACAUGAUUGUUUAGAAUCAGGCGGAGCUGUAAGGAAGCCUUCAAUUACCCAUUAGGACUGUCAGACAUAAAACGGCCCUGCUCUCACCAAAGUCUGGGUUAUGAUUCAUUUACUUUGUGCCUCUGAUUCAUCGCCCAAUAUGCCUCAUGCCCCAGAUUACUAUUUGAGGGGUGGGAGAGAUUAAUGGCUCCAUGGGAUCUGCCGCCGUAUUUCACAGGCCCAGUGUUGCAGUACAGUUGGUGCAGAAGGGGUGAAAUGACAGCAACUUACACUAGAUCAAUGUGUGGACAGCCUUUCACAGAUUAUUAAGGCUCUGUUAGAUUAAAAGACCCCCGCUAUAUAGUUUGCUGUAGUCAAUAUUCUCGUGCAGAUAAAAAGGGGGAGGGUCCCUGUGAAGGAUUCUCAGGCUGAUGUAGGUCAUCACGGCUGUUAAUGGAAUAACACUUGGUGACACAAGUGUCAGAGGAGCCCGUGUCAUUUUCCGUCGCUCGCCCCCUCUCCGUGGAGUCGAUGAUGUUUCAUAAAACAUCGUCUCACCCCUGAGGUUUCUUUGAAAUUAGGCAUUCUGAAAUGACUUUUCUUCUGUAAAUUCCAACAGAUUUCUCAAUUAGUUUCUUCCUGUCUUUGGGAAAAUUAAUCCUGGAACGGUCCUAACUUUCCUCUUCCCUUUGUUUUUGUUUCAGCCCUGAACGAGCCAACUAUCGACUAUGGUUUCCAGAGGCUGCAGAAGGUCAUCCCCAGACACCCCGGCGACCCUGAGAGGUUACCAAAGGUCAGUAAAGAGUCCCUGCAGUAAAGUAAAAAAACACACAGAGCAGCUAUGAGGCAGAGCUGUCUGUGUUAUAAUGCCUUAAUGCUCCGAAUGUGACGAAUAAACAAAACAUUAGCAUCAAGGCAGCGCACUGUGACCCCAAACCGUGACAGCUUUGCCUCACAUAUGUGGCUUACCAUCUAACCAGCGUGGUAAUGGUAUUGGUUUUGUGUGUGGAGAGAGGCGUAAACUCUCUGUGUGGUAAAAUAGCUCAAUCAGGCGUUUUCCUCUCCAGUAGUCUGUGGAGAUGGUAAUCUGGUCAGAAACGACGUCUGCACCCUCAUUACCCCACUCAUGUUUUCCUUUCAUUUUCUGCAGCUCGAUUUGGUUUAAUCUUUUGUUUACAGAACCCUGUGCCGUAAACCCCCUAGUCUUACUGCAGCUAAUAGACAAAGACUGCAUGUUAUUAUGCGUUGGCUUUCUUAUUGUUUUCUUUUGAACCUGGGUGAAGGAGUUGAAAGCCACAUCAGUUUUAGUCACACUGGUGUGACACAUGAAUAGGCCGCCAUAUUGAAAACGAAGCUUUUCUCUUUUUUAUUUUCCUCCCCCUGCAGAAACUCUUUGAUUCCUUGACUCUUUUCAUUCCCUUUGAUUCUUUUAUUCUUCCCAUUUCCUAUUGAUAAAAUCUAUCUCUGUGUUUUCACUAAUUGCUACCCUGCCAGUAACAAUUUUGGUGAGUGACGUUCCAGAUGUGUCAGGUGUAAUAAUAUGACUGAUUAGUCCAUUCAAAAGCCCUCUGCAUGCAGUAAAGUGGUGGCCACCUUGGAGUUUUAAUAAUACUAUAAAACCUUUAAAGACCUUAUCUAUUAAAUCCCAGCAUGCAACACAGCAAUAUCAUUAACGUCCAACGGACAAUUUAAUAAAGAACAGACCGUGUGGUGGCUACAGACGUUUGACCAAGGCGAUGUGGAGAAAUGGAACAUCACAGCUAGUCCCUGCUUCGGUAUAUGAAGUGUUUCAAUUAGACCUGGUCCCUGUGGAGACAGGAAACAACACCUAGACAUGAAAUGUUGCUCUAAUUUCAACUGUAAACGUGGACCAAAAGGUAAAGUACACUUACCUUUAAUAUCCACAUGGCUUUUUUCUUUCUCCGCAGGCAUCACUGGCCAAACUAGCCGCACUGUUUCAAUUUUAUAAAGUCACAGUGUCUUUGAGAAAUCCACAUCUUUUUGAACACGGAGCCCCGACCAUGUUAAACACAGCUUUAUUACAUAGAAACCUCACUCCUUUCCUUGAAUACAGAGUGCUGUUUGGUUGUGAGACACAUUUUGACACUGAACCCCAGAUUAGUUUCCUGGCUGCGCGUAUACUUAAUAUAGCACGCUCUCCCGGCCCUUUGCAUGAAACAAUCACAGAGUGAGAUGAAACCCUGCACUUCCAAUAAACAACAUAAAUAUUUGAUUUGCUCUCUAAUGGACCCAAAUAUGGGGUUCAGGGGGCAUGUAAAUGAUCCCACCAAGUGAUUCGUCAUUGUUAAGCUUGCCAUCUGAGGGUCAGCUCUCGGGGUCAAAAGCACAUUCCCAAUAAAACAGCCGGCGGCGGCGGCGUCUGCGGCUGGCAUGUACAUUUGGAAUGAGAACAGAAAACGGCAUAUAGAGAGCAGCCAUUACAGGGUGCAGGUGAGGGUAGGGAGACUCUAUAAAAAGAAGAUAAAGCUGGAGGACGCGCGGUGUGCAUUAGCAGAAAGGCAAAUCGACACCAGGCCCACUCACCGCCUCUAUACCCCCCCUCCCAUGACUUCACCCUCCAGUUGAUAAUAUUACUGCGCUAUAUUGAUUUCCACCAGCCUUCUCCCUGGGACCAGUAAGACACGUGGUAAUUGUAAGGAGACAGAAAGCCAAUAUGGGAGUGCUCAUGGAUAGCAAGGGAUGCACGCUAAUAUUGUUGCUACACAGAGAAAAAAGGGGGGAAGCUGCCUCUGAUUGAAGUUUACCUCGUAAUUCUAAGACAACAUCGUAGAUGACAGUCUGACCCUGUGGGAGGAGUGGAGAUAUAAAAAUUCAAUGCAAAGUCCAGGGUGAAUAUGAAAGUAAUAAGUGUGAGCAGUCAAGUGAUGAGAAAGGAGAUUGGUUUGCGGGCAUCGCGUUAAGUGAACAGAGACUUUGGAAUUCACCCUCCUUUUUAAGAUCUUGUUAUAAAACAAUUUUCUAUUCAUAAUAUAAAAAAGACAAUUUAUAAUACCAUUUUGUGCCCUCUGGCAGUAAUGGACAAAUAGACUGGAUAUCACAUUAUAUCACACUCAAUUUCUCUCUUCUGUAACAAAUUAGAUUCAUUAUGAAAUUAAAAGUGGAAACUCAAUAUUGUUUUAUUAUUAAGCUGAUUGCUUUUGAUUCUUUUCUUUCCUCCCAAAAUGAGCAUAAGCCCAUUCUUUUCCAAUUCUUUGUGUAAUCCACAAGGAGAAAAUAUUACAAAUGUGUUCAUGUCAAGCAAUUACCCAUGUAUUUAAAUGAAUCUCUCUUCCUGUGCUCUUUGAAGUACCUUCAUCUAAUGGCCCUAUGCUUCUAAAUGCAUUCAUUACCUCAGGCUAGAGCUAACAGAGUAAUUGCCUUACAGUUUUAUAAUGGCAUUAGCACUCCAAGCUACAUAACCUAGGCCCUCUUUUAUUAACUGUGAUAAUAUAAAUACAACAUCCAUGUUAAUCUAGUGCUUGAAGAAUCGCAUCCAGGCUGUUUUAGAGCAUGUCUGCUCAUUGUUAGAUAUUUUUUAUAACACAUCAUUCGUUAGGGCUUUCCUCUCGUUUUUCUCGGCGAUAACGCAAAACAGCCUCUAAAUCUUGGGUGAUCUGUCAUCAGAGCGGCCCCCGUUUAAACAGUUGUUGAACACGAGACCUUUAUGCAAAGCGAGGCGAACAAUAGCAGAAAUCCGUCACGCAUUUGUCACAGAACAACAGAAAUCAUUUGAGGCCUUUAAUUGUUUCAAUUUAACAUGGCGUGUUCUGAUAUGUCUCCAUGACAAGAAAGCCAAUUACACUUAUGCUGGAGUAGUAUUGAGAUUUACAUGGAAAUGCCCUCAGAACACUAUUCCGUGUUAAUCGUAUUCACAGCGUGAGCUGAUACGCAUGAAAGCGUCUCGUCAGAAGAAAACAAACUUCUUCCUUGAUUGGGUGCAGCACUUCUCAUCAUCCGCCGAUAUGACUAGGUUGCCACUUAAGCAUAGCCUUGCGAGUCGGCUCGGUUAGUUAAGACACCACGCGGUAAACGACAGAUUAAGGAUGAGAGGCAAUAUCGUUUCCUCUCCUCCUUUUUCCAAGCUGUCCUUAUGUCACUGCUGCAAAGUACCAUAUGGACAAGGAGGGAGAGGACGUUUUACAGAGAAUGAAACAUGGCUCGUGAACGCGACAGUCUUAAUUGCUUUAAUUGUUGUUUAAAAUUGAGAGCCAUGUAGGAGAUCUUGAAAUAUGAUAGAAUAGAUUAUUGGUAAUUAUUAACUGCAGACAAAAAGAAAGAAAACCACUUUAUCUCACUCAGCGAGAGAGAGAGAAAUCUGUUCUGCCUGAUGAGAACACAUCAAGACAGCUGGUCCUCUCAUUUAGUCUACCUGCCUCACGACAACCAUAAUUCUUUAUUUGUAUGCAAACUAGAUGCAUGCAACGUUGAGCAUACACACCAAUUUCAGAGGUAAAUGCCCAUUCUAAGAGCCACCCAUCCGGUAACUUGGGGUGGAUUAAGCGAUAUGUUUCUAUAAGAGAGCAUGGCACACGCUGGAAGUGGCUUCUACAGUGAUUCAUCUUGAUAAAUCAAGGACUGUGCUAGAUAUGCUCCUCUGGAUGAAAGGGCCCAUACACACACUCCGUACACACUACAUACGCUGUGCCUUGGAAAUGCAGGCCAAGUCUUGGAGGCCGCUGUUUGAAGGCGCGAAGGCUGUGUUUACAUUCAUUUACGGCAGCUGCCGUCUUAAUCCCACACUGCUAUUGCCAAGUGAUGGAACACUUCAGACAAAUUACCGAGGCCCGCAAAAGAAAACACAGCGAAUGUGGGAAGAAAACAAGCGCCAUCUGAGAUGUUUCUGGUGACAGAUUUGCAUUGCUUUUAACCAGGGUUCUAACAGCACAGUCGACAAAUCUCUGCUCUACAGCAGGUGACAACAAGCGAGCAUUUUAAAAAACACACGCAGCAGCCAUGUCUGCAACUUGCCUUUGUCAGAUUAGAUGCACUCAAAAAGGAGAAGAGGGUUUUCAUAGAGCAUAUUGCCUUCUGUAUUAUAGAAAACAAAGAGAGCAGCCUGGUUGCUUGAGAGGGAUUUAAUUGUAAGUGCUGAAUUCAAAGAGCAGAUAAAGACACACAAACGGGCCAAACCCCACCUUGCUCAAAGCCCGAAACAGAGUGGGGGGAAACAGGAUCCGGGGCCAACUCAUUUUCAGUGUUAAGAGCCAAAGCAACACAGCUAAUCCGCAUUGUCAAGCGGGGGCAAGCAUGCAGACAUGGAUAAGACCACAUCCUGAGCAUCCGUGUCCCCAAGGCACAAGCACCCAGCUCUUGCUGGAUGGGAAGUCAUUUGUGAAGUCCUUUGCAACAGCCAGUCAAAGAGGUUAAUUGAAAAAUUCCUUAAUGUCAUUACAACAGAACUAGAUUAACCCAGAGCUAAUUCACUUUAUUGUUCUGAAGAGAGGGGACGCAGCACUGAACUCCAGAGCAAACGUGGAGCCCAGAAUCAGGGGUGAGGUGUUGUUUUUAAAGGACUAUGCCAGUUUAAUUAAGAUAGGGAACAUUAUUCACUGCUCUGCAUGGUUGGAAGGAGCAAAGUGGUAGUACUGUAUAAAAGCAGCGCCGGUGCCUCUUAAAUCAGGCCGGCUUUUAUUUAGCGCUUGAAUAUGUAAACAUUUCCAAAGCUUUGCACCAGCCUGCUGGGUAAUGUUGUUUUGGAUAUUGUUUGUUACAUGGUGGACCACUGGGGUCUCAAACAUAAUCUGUUUGGGUCUUAACAUUUACUCUUCCUGUUUUCCUCAUCAGGAGGUGCUACUGAAGAGGGCGGCUGAUCUCGUGGAAGCCCUGUAUGGAAUGCCCCACAACAAUCAGGUCUGUAUGCGCGCAGCCGCUUCAGCGCUUAAACCUCGGCUAAAUAAGAAAAAAACCAUUGAAAUUUUACUGAUAGGAUCACCAAAGGGUAUUUUCAACCACUAUAUCUGGAGCUAUGUAGGCUACAUGUGUUCACCAUAUAGCCAUGAACUGUGCAUCAAAGCAAAGAGGAAAAAAAACAAAACAACAGAGCUAUAAAAACACCAUAAAUAACAGAACCUCUGCCUUCUCUGCGCUUCUCAGGAGAUCAUUCUGAAGAGGGCAGCUGACAUCGCCGAGGCCCUGUACAGCGUUCCCCGCAACCACAACCAGAUCCCCUCGCUCGCUAACACAGCCUCCCACGGCAUGAUGGGAGUCAACUCCUUCAGCAGCCAGCUAGCAGUCAAUGUGUCUGAGUCACAAGGGAAUGACCAAGGUAUGUAAUUUAGGGGUACGGCUCCGUAGCUCGGUGUUUCGUCAAAAGAAGUGGGGUCCGGGGAUGUGAUAGGCAGUGUGAGAAAUAUUGAAGUUGAACUUUUUGAAAAUAAAAUGAAGAAACAGAGUGAAAAUGUUGUUUUUAAACCUCACACAUGCAGAUAUUACAGGCAGUUACGGGGUUAAUUAAGAGCAUCUUUUACUGUAUUCAGAAAACAUCAGUAAUAUCCUUCUGAAGGAGAGAACUGAAUGAGUUUCCCUCUCUGUUCCCCUUCCCUUCUCCAAACCUGUAUUUUUCAGUGGGUUACAGCCGGAACACCAGCAGCGUGUCCCCCCGGGGCUACAUCUCCAGCAGCACCCCGCAGCAGUCGAGCUACAACACCGUCAGCAACAGCAUGAAUGGCUACGGCAACGCCGGUAUGAACCUGGGAGUGCCAAGCUCCCCUGGGUUCCUCAACGGAUCCUCUGCCAACUCCCCAUAUGGAAGUGAGUAGCUUGCCACUAUCGCUGCUGCGCCGUAGUAGCACUAAGCUGCUGCUGAUUUAAUUCCAGCUCCCACAUUCGUUUUCACUUCUAUGAAUCACCUCUGACAGGGUUAUAACAUUAUUGAUGCUGAUAAUAUAUUACUAUUCAUUCACAGGGAGCUUGUUUGGUUUUUAGUACUUUGGAGAACACACACAUGUAGCUGAGAGUAGGAGAAAUACUCAUUUUUAUAUGUGUAUUUUUCACUGUAUGCCACCUGUAUUUGUUCAACCGGACAAGAUGUUGAUGGUAGGGGCCUGUGAGUGCUGAUCGUGUAUCCCCCCUGGCAGUAAUACUAUCCUCGCCUUACCUUAACUGCCCUCUCCCUCUCGAGCGCUACUCACAGCACGUUCUCACUCUCUCCCUCCCUCCUUUUUCCUUCCCUUCUCCCUCCCUUAUCGUCUCCGCAGUUAAACAAAAGAGCGCCUUCGCCCCUGUGGUCCGACCCCAGGCCUCCCCACCCCCCUCCUGCACCAGCGCCAACGGCAACGGACUGCAAGGUGAGCCCCCCUCACCCCCUCAUCCCUUCCCUACGGACUACUGGUCAGAUACCGCUGCUCAGGCCUCUGUCCGGUUUGGUGAGGGAUUAAUCAUUACAAAUAUAUGCAUUUUGACAGGCCAAUUUACACCUUUCACUUCACACACACACACACACACACUAACACACACACAGAUCAGAUCAUCACACGCACACACACACACAAACAAGUGCAGUAUAGGAUCAUGCGAACGCUCAUCCUCGUUGCCCUUUCAUACAAAUGAUCCCCUCCGAUGUCGCAGGAAAAGACCCCUUCCCAGAAUUGUUUUAGUAAUUAUGUUUAUUAGGUUUUGUGCGUGUGUCAUGACCAACAUGAUUGCUUUGAAAACAAGCUUAGCCGUAGUGUGUGCCCCAAGAUUAAUAACAUUGGGCUUAAUGAAGUGGGAAAUUAAAGUUCAUCUUGCUACACGUUCAUACUUAUUAAUACAUGUUGUGCAGAAAUUAAUGAGCAAUGCCUUGCCAUCAUCUGCGCUGGCAAACUUAAAAGCAUUUCAAGCAUGACUCUACAAAUAUACUCAGAGCAAUAUAAUAAUAUAUCAUCCCAGCACUUCACUAGUCGCCUAAUUGUUAAAACGUGUGAAAAUACUGAAUAUAUAAACUCUGAGGGUGAGGUACAGUUGCUAAUGAUAUCCUAAGCAGAUGGUCUUGGUAAAAUAACGGAAGCUACCUUUGAUCUCGCCUAAUCUCUCUCAGAUAAUGACACAGAGGCACGACUUGGGGACUAAUGUGGGACUAGUUUGCGCUGUACAGUGGAGAAGAAAGAGACACGAGGAGGAGAAGUGGAGGCAAUAGAAAGCGAUCAGAGGAGGGGAGUCAGAGGAGUGUCUGUACUGUAGCAUUGUGGCAUUGUGGGAAGUGACCGUGUUGUUGCUCUGCCGUCACCACGGCCGCGUCUCUGGGGAGUCUGGGCCGCUGUUUGCCAUUACCCCAACGCCAGGAGAAAUAUCACACAUAGCGAGACUGGCAUGCUGGGGGCUGAAAUGUCAGAGCAGGAGGGAGGUUUUCAAACUCUCUCUCCCUCUUUCUCUCACUCCCAACCCUCCCCUCCACCCUCCACCACCACCACCUCUCCCUGUAAGGAGGAAGGACGUGCAGCAGCAGGCCGGCGGACACAGCAAACACUCACAGGCACAUACGCAAACAGGCACAUUAAGGCUUACAUUCACGCACUUGUGCAGUGUCAGAUGGCUGGACUCACACAUGCACACAGCAUACACACACACACGCACACACAUUAACUAAUAAAGUUCGCACAAUUUUUUCAUAUUUAUAUCCAUCCCUGUUUUAGCCAAAUGAACUAAUCCUCUUUUUCUUCUUCUUCUUCUGUGUUUUUUUUUUAUCCGCAGCCAUGUCCGGCUUGGUCGUCCCUCCAAUGUAAAUGCACUUUCAUCAUCUCAAGCACCAGUCUACACACUACUACCACUUCACAGGACAUCCCCUCCCUCCCCUCAGCACACAGCCAAACGCUGGUGUAAUGUAUAGUACCGCUUUUUUCUGUUUUUAAACAUGAAGAAAAAAAGAAAAGAAAGAUUCUUUUUUCUUUUAAAAAGACUUUUAAAAACCUGCAGAGGAAAAAAAAGGAUUUCAGAACAAUAUUUUUUUCUGUGGGAGUUUUUUUUUUUGUUUGUUUAUGCGCCCUCUCUCUCCUUCCUCCACACACACACAUGCACUCAAACACACAUUUUACCACCCUUGAAGAGGACACGGGAUGAAGGAGGGUUUAUUUUGUAUACCUGUCGGGAUGUGCUUCGGCCUUGGACGCGUCCAGUCAACCACACAUUCAAUACUGGAAGGGACUCUGUGGACUCAGCAUCUGGUUGUAAAGUAAAAACACUGAUGUACAGUACAUUUGCCAACGAACUCCAGAAAUCGUUUUUUUGUUUCAACUCUCUUUUAAUAGAUUCACAACAGUUGUGUGUCUUUAUAAUGUGACUUUUUUGUAUUUUUAUGUGUGAGAAAAAUUACACAGGGGCCAAGACAAUUUCAACUGGAAAAUAUAUGAGAUAUAUAAAUGUAGAAAAAUUGAUCAUAAAAGUACAACAAAUAGGAGUUAAAAAAGGGGCGGGGCUGGGUGGGUAAGGUUGUAUCAUGUUUCAUUCCUACAUUUUAACUUAAAUUUUGUAAUUUAUUGUAGCUGGAAAUCAUCUUCAAAAGUGAAAAAAAAUCCUCUUUGAUUCAACAAGCACACUGACGUGUACAAAACACUGCUCUGUUGAUGAAUAUGAUGUACUUCCAUGUCUAGAGCUUCCUUUUAAGCAAGUGUGUUUUGCCAUGUUUUUCAACUUUUUUGCUAGCACUGUAUAUUAAUGCAUUCCUAGGCUACUGUGAAGUCUGUUUCUUGUUGAUGAGGAGCAGUCUCCCCCUUCUAGCUCCAACUCCCUUCUGUGUUUUCUAUGUGGUUAAAAAAAAAUUGUAGACUAUUGUGAUAUUGCCAAACUUGUGCUAAAUAUUUAUACAUCUGUCUUUUUCAUGUUCUUUUAGAUCAACAAAAAAAAAUCAUCCAAAAAAAAACGACAAAAAAACAAACGAUUAAAACCCAUUGAGAAUGUAGGAGUAAAGUAGUUCAUCGUCAUCUUUCUGUUCAAACACACACUUGCGCUCACUGAGGGAAAUUUUGUAACAUAUCAACUAUAAAUAAUGUAUUUAUCUCUGAAAUUUUGUAUAUUGCUUUUCAUUAUGUAUGUAUUAAUCGUCAUGCCCUUAAUAUAGUGAUGCAGCACAGAUAAUUCAGCCAAGAACUGUUGCCUUCAUUUGUUUUCUUUUUGUAUUUGAUGAAAUGCAAUGUGCAUAUAUUUCAUGUGUAUCCUCAAAAAUUUGUGUUACUCCGUCAAGACUUUCUGUCCAUUUUUUUAAAGGGGAAGUCAAACUUCAUUGUUUAUUUUUAUAUUGAUUUUAAAUUAUCUAUACAGACCAUUUUUGGAGAAAACUUUGUUGGUUGUAUUGUCAAAUAAAUUGUUUGUGACCCAUAUGAUAGUUGUUAAGAUCCAAUAGAGACUAAUGUGCAUGAGGGACAACCUUGGAGCUAAAAAAAACACUCCAUUUGUGGUUGUAUUUUUUUCUGUUUUGUAGAAUGUAUAGAAGUCAUUUUUACUCACCACUUAUGACUCUGCCACAUAGCUUACAUGUGUUUACAGGGAAGAAAAAUUUAAAAAUGUCAACAUUUGGAAUGGAAACAGAAAUGAAAAAGUGAUGUUUUAUUAAAAUUUUCAGUAAAAACACAAUAGCUCCUCAACUGUGGACUUCCUUCGGUUUAAAGUGCAGUUUGGCUGGCAGACAAACUGACCGUCAGGACACAGAAAGAGACAGUAGACGCUCCUGAGGACAAACCUGUGAUACGUCUGUAAGUUGUAGUGUUUAGACUUUGCCAUAGAGAUAACUGUUUGAAACCUGUGGAAAAGUGUAACAUCCAUAAAAGAUGAAAACUGCUCUUUCUACUCAUAUUCUUUCAGCACAGCACUCUUGACAUUGUGACAUAUUCCUACUGGUCUCUGUAUCAGCGUAUCCUGCAUCUGUGGUGCUUCAAAGGUUCAUUGUAGUCAUUCAUAAACAGUGCGAGCUUUUUAUUCAAAGCAGCCCAAAUGGGGCUCAUUCAAAUCCCUCAUUUCAUUGCAUUAAGCCACCUAGUUAAUAAAGAAUCAAUACAUUGAAA